AAUAGCUUUGUCAUGUGAUGGAAAGCAGUUGUAAGACAGGUGCCCUCGGUUCAUUCUCGGCGAGGGGCAGCAGUUGCCUGUGUGUGAGCGAGUGGGAAGCGUGUGUGGAUUUCUUUUUUACUUGAUUUCUUUCUUUUUUCUUUUUUUUUUCUUUUUUUUUUUAAUAAUUUUUCCGGGGCCGUCAUUCAGUGGCUGGAUGGCGUGGGACAGGUGUAACCAGGACUCGGUGUGGAGAGAAUUAGAGGUGAGCGCAUGUAUAAAAACCCGACUUGUUCCAUCUCUCUAGCCCUCUGGAGUUUCUUUUUUACCUUGGAAGGAUGGACAACGCUGACUAUCCGUGGCAGUGAUUUGCACAUAUACUCUUCUUCCCUGGUGGUGGUGGUGGUGCUGCUGCUGCUGGCGGUGCAUGCCGGUGUAGUGCGCGUCUGGACACAGUUUGAGGAUGCGGGGGAUCUACAAGACGGGAAUCUAUGAAACAAGUGGAGGAAUUGUGCGGAUUCUCCCUUUUCUUCUCAUUUAAAGAUGUAGUCGUUGUAUUGCUCUCCUCAUAGGAUCCCUCAGUCGGAUAUCGGACUGCACGCGCUCCGCUGCCCGAGAAGCUUUUCAUGCCAAAAUGACCGAAAUGUCUCAAAGUCAGGUAUUUCGCUGACGCAUGAAAUCCGCCGACGAUAACAAUCCCUUUGAUGUGCUGCGUCCGGAUAGCGCAUGUUAUUUUCAGGAGCAAAGGUUGUCUACAUAGAGGGACCGCUAAUCUGGCAUUGCGCAGGCAGGAGCAUCAUAAUAGUAACAGUGCCGGGCACGUCUGAGUGCCAACAUCCCGGCCGGAGGAGCGUAGCCCUGGCUGGAGAGCAUCCACCACACUUCAUCUUUCCAUAUUUGUGCAAAUUUCAUCUCCUGCUUAUUUUCAUCCAUCAACGCGUAUAAUUAGCUCCAAUUCGCUUCAUGCAUCGUUUAAAUCUCGUUGGCAACCCUCACCGUUGUGAUUAAAGUGCAUUUAGAUAACAGGGCACAUCAAAGGGAUACUUAUUCGUCACCUUUUUCCUAAUUUACCGAGUCCGUCCAGCUUGUCAUGCUCAUUAGGUCUACCUGGCUGCGCACAGGAGCUCAGGGAUGCUUCAGAAAGGGUUUAACAUGAUGUGGUUGAAGUCUAGCUGCAUACAUCUGCUUAUCCAGGCUGUGUGAUAAGAAUACAGACAGAAAAGAGAAGAUAAGAUGUGCUAUUUCGGUCCGAUUCGGGGGUUUCUUCGCGCGUAUUUGUACUUUAAUGAUAUUUUCUCACUUGAGCCAGGUAGGCUUCAGGAGGGAGUCUUCAUCACCGUUUUCUGCCAAUCCCACAACAUAAUAUGCGCGUUUUUAAGAGCUCGUUAUGAUCAAUUCCAUGAUGCAUGUAGACUCAAUACCACGUACUUAUUCAGUGAGAGUACUGGCAUGCAGGAUGGCUUUGAUUUUCCUCCCCUUGCAGGUGCUUUUAUGUGCGAAGCGUGCGUAAAUCACCGGAGUGCUUUUGUGCGCACUGAUUGUCUGUCUGGCGGCGCUAUUUCAUUACUUCACCAAGAAGUCCAUAAGAUAAUUGGACAUAGGACGUCCAGUUUGAAUAGCCAACAUCUUUGCUACAUUUCUUUUUCUCAUUUCGUGCCAUGUCAGAGUGGAUCAUCGCAGGGGGGAAGCCUAAGACGCAGUGAAUCUGUCCUCUUCGCAACAUAACGGAUUUGUCUCAUCAUAGUCGAAGUCAUCGUGUGUUCGUGUUGGUGCGAAUCCGACGACGGAUGAACUGUGACACCGGUGUCUGGGCGGUUUUUUUCCCUCCUUGGCACAGCAUCCGUCUCCCUGCUUUGCCCUGAGCCGAACCCGACUCUCAUCCCCCCUCGCUCUGCGGGCCAAAUACCCCCUGGCUGCGCCCGAGGAUAUCUAUAAUAUAUCUGUCUUUAGGCCAUCCUGUAGAGAUUACACAUCUGCAGACGUGUUGUCAACAAUAUUAGGAGUGUGUAUUCUAUUAGAGAGUGGAAGCAAAGCUAUUUUCUUAAGCUUGGGUUACAUGUGGGCAGUGGCAGAGUGUAAACACGCCAGGAGUCUGGUGUGCUUUUGCCUUUAAAUGAAUCUCAAAGUUUGCACUUGGCACAGAGAAAGGUCUGCUGACUGUUGGUUUUCUGCCUUGAGGGGUUGCAUACUGAAAUUAGCACCAUCCAUAAUGAAAGGCGAGAGAAAUAUUAGUUCCACUAAUGCUUAUCUUGACUGCAAAAUCAGUUUUGUAAACCUGUUGUCUCCUCCUUCAAACACCCUGCCUUUAAAACCACAAAAUCCCCCAGCUGAAUUCCACUUCCACUGCUGCUCACUUGCAGUCAGAGCAGAGCAGAGCAGCUGAUUUGUGGUGGCGAGGAAGCAGGAGGAGCAGCUGCCACAUACAGCACACAUUGUCUAGAUUACAUAAAAGUGGCUGGUGAAUAACAGAAUGUCAACAGGCAUCAGUUAGUAGCGUGGAGGCCAGAGCCAAUCGCAGAGCUCAGGGAGGGAUGGGGGGGGAGGACGCUGUGUUCUGCAGGGCUGGAUAGGAGUGAGGGGGAAACAGGUGAAAGGUUUGCAUGUCACAUGAGAGUGGGUGACAUACUUAGAAUACAGAAAUGAAGGUACUGGAGCUCAGGUCAUGAUUGAAAUGAGUUGAUGAUGAUAUGCUUUUCAAAUGAGUGAUUACUUUGUUUUGGUGAGAUUUUUGACCCCAGUCCAGAUUCUGAUUCCACCAUUGUUUCCAAACUUGGCACAAAGAAUUCAGCCUCUGAUUUGCAUAUUUAAAAGAAAUUAUUUUCUGUGUUCUCUCUCCAGUGUGCUGCCUUGGUUGGUGAAGACCAACCCCUCUGUCCAGACCUCCCUGAACUUGACCUCUCAGAGCUGGAUGUCAGUGACUUAGACGCAGACAGCUUCCUGGGUGGCCUCAAAUGGUACAGUGACCAAUCAGAGAUCAUUUCCACUCAGUAUGGCAACGAGGCGUCCAAUCUUUUCGAGGUAAGACGUGCCUUUUUAUUUACGUUUCUUCCUUCAUUGUGCUUUCUCUGGUGGUAUGGGAACAUCUUUGCAUCCACAGUGAUUUCAUUAUAUGAUCUCCCAGGGGUCCAGGCGUGAGCUGGAAUAAUCACCCAGCAAACACGCACAUACACACAACACACUAUCUAGGCUCUUGAAUGCGAGCCAAACAAAAUGUACGACAGUUACCGGUUUACAAACACGCUUUUACAUUGCUCCGAAGUACAAAAAAAAAGAGAUAAGAAGAAGAAAUGAUAAGCCCAAGAGGACCUUUGUUCCCUUGUUUGGAUCCUGGCCGCCACAGUAGGCUUCCUUAUCAAAACUUUGAGCGUUUAUUCCUGUGUAGACUCAGUAAUGCGGCACAGAUCUGACAGAACAGUCUGGUAGUAAACUCUGGACACGGCGGCUCUAUUGCAAAACGCUUCUCAAAGGUUGAAGUGUAAAACUUUAAUCUUUGCUUUCCCCUUUUUUCUUUCUUUCACUCACCUCUUUUUUUCUAUCUGACACUCUCUUUUCUGUUCUCACCCGGUGACAAACGAAGUCCACAGAGGGUGAUGAUCUGGCCAGGGCCAUAAAGCCAUCGGUCUUGGGACUGAGUUCCAGUCCCCAGUUCAUUAUAAGCCUUUAUCAGUGCCAGAGAUAGACAAGAAAGACUGAGAUUGGAUGCUUUAGCCUCGCCUCAGGAGGAAAAACCCUGUCUGAGAAGCCUUCACUGUGUGUGUGUGUGAUUGUGUGUGUACAUGUGUGUGUAUGGCCCUGUCAUGUAGUCACGUUUUCAGGGUCUGUGUCCUGUGUGUGCUUCUUCAGUGGUCGUGCAGGCAACAGUUGAUAACAGACCAAAUUCUUUCCACGUUUGACCUCUUCCCUACCACCGCCACCUUUUUUCAGACUCUCUUUAUAUCACCACACAUUCUACCUCUGUGGACCACCCCAACAGACACACACACAUAAGGAAAGCAAAAGAGGGGGGCCUUAAGUACUUGCUGGUGUGACCGUGGCUCCUCUGUCGUCUGAGAGUGAUAUGGCUUGCAGCCACAGAGCGGCUCUGGGGAUGGAUAAAAAUACCAAUGAGAGAGUAUGCAUGUGCUCGUGUGAGCGUGUGUGUGAUUUUAAAACACAAUGGAACUCAACGCCAUCCCUGACGAGAGACGGCGCUCUGAGCAAAAGCUGUGUGUGACUUCCUAUAUGGAAAGGGGCUUGUUUUUGUGUUUUGCACAGUUACAGAUUGAACAAGCUUGCAGUUUUCGUGCCAUGCUAAGAAGAUGUAGAGGUUUUGAAUCAAGCUGUGAGAACAUGGAGGUUUCAAAGCAAAAAAAAAAAAAAAACAUUUCCCUGACCAGGGUUUUUUUUUUCUUUCCAUCUUUGGAAAGUUUCAAGUCACCAUAUGAAGUGCUCAGUUCAUCAUACAGCAGGACCCGGCUAAUCCUACUUAAUCUGACAGGGGAAAGUUUGCCGCUCGGCUAGGAUCAGAAAGCUGGGGCUGCAGCUGCACUUCCUGCACCCACCCCCUCACAACCCUUAUUGGCCUUUAACAGGGCAGAAAAGCAUCCAAACAAAUAUGUGCACAUCCCAGUUCGAGUUAAUUAAUGUCAGCUCUAAAUCCUGGAAGUGUAUUUUUUUUAUCUUCCCCUCAUACAUCCUCCUCCUGUGUUUUUUAAAAAGCAGGUUUAUCAACGCUGUCUUAAGUAACGUGUAGCAGCUGCGUGCAGCUGUCACACACAGAGGCCCCCUCUUUCAAUCGUCCCCAUCAAACAAUGAGCUGUCUGGAAGUUUGAACCAGCCAUCGUUAGUUCAAGUAAGUCAACUGUUGAAAUGAUUCGCGGCUCAGACAGAAAGCCAAACACCUCCUGUUUUUCUUGCACUGGGGCUUUUAUUGAGGCUGCAGGUCCAUGUGACAGACAGGAGCAAAUGAGUAAACAGACUUUGACGUGGUUCUACAGUUAAAAAACAUAGCUGUCACAUCUAAAGGAGUCCUACUUGAUGAGUUAAGGGACAGUGGAGUUUGUUUACAUCCUUUCUAAGCAGUUUAACUGAGUGUCUGAAUGCAAAUAAGCCGGUGUUUCUAUCUCUGUAUGUGUGCUCUGUUCCCUGAACAGUAUGCGGUCUGAGAUCACAAGCUGUCCCCUGGCUGGACUUUUGCUCCAUUCCCUGCCACUGUCCCAACUGUCCCUGACACGAAAUGUGGAGAAUGAUACACCACAAACCCCCCCUUGAACCACACACACACACACACACACACACACAUAACAGCGCAGGCUCCUGGCACAGCGUGUUUGACACCUCUUCAAAACGGGCCGACCGUGAAAGUCCACAGUCUAUUUUGGGCUGCAGUUGUUAAGGGGUGGUUACUCCAAUAAGUUCCCAAUGUACUGCCAAAGAUAACAGCAUAGAAGUGUGACCGAUGUCUUUUUAACUGCGGUACACUGCUUAGAUUUCAUGUUCAAGCCCUAACUGUUUGAUUUAUGGAAACGUGUCUUGUUGGUUUGGGCUUCUUCAGAUUCCAAUGUUGACAUUGCCAAUGGGGGUCACAGCGGGUUGCUGCGUGGUUAAAUCAGGUGGAUACAAAGGAUGACACUCAGAGUCGGUCAGGUUAGCCUAGGAGAUCACUGAAACGUAGCUCUAAGUUAACCUUCAUUCAUUCACUACAGUGCCUUCACAAUGAAUUAAACAGUGUGUAAGUUAAUGCAGUCGAUGUUUUUGUAGGUGUUUGGUGCAAAACUAAUGAACACAGUGAAUAAAAUGCAUAAAUCUAUUUUAAAAAAAAGAGCAACAUGAAUUUUAAAUAGAUGAUGUUACACAAUAAAGAUUCAACUUAGAAUUACCAUAUUUUUCGGACUAUAAGGCGCACUUCAAAUCCUUAAAUUUUCCCAAAAUUGACAGUGCACCUUAUAAUACAGCGCGCCUAAUGUUGUGUCUUAUGCUUACUAAUCGAAUUUAUGUGGUACAAUGUGUUCAAAAAUCUGUCAAAAUGUGUAAGUACGACUUUGGUAAGCGACGAAGCCGCUCCGCUCAAUGGAUAUUCAGAGCAUUACAGUUCGCUGUGUCACUGCCUGAUCAGCCCCGUAACAGGACCCCUGAGCAGUCUACAAGCCUGCCUGACUGUAAUGUCUAAACUAGAGGUGCAUUCAUGUAAGGCAGCCCGGGCCUGCAGUACGCGAUUGCAACAAUCAGUCAAUGCCCCAAUGCUUAAUGCGCCUUACAAUCCAGUGUGCCGGAUUGUAAGGUGCCAGUGCCGGUUGUGCCGGUCCGCCUGAAAAAUACAGUAUGAAUAUAAUAUAAUUAAGUGUAUCACAAGGUGUGUUCAUGUCAAUCACAGUGUUGACCGGCCCAUAGUCAGUUGCCACAUAUUCAGCAAGCGCGAUCAUUCACUUCAUCCUCAGGUCUGUGGCAUUUCCAAAAUAGUGCUCUGCCAGUUUUUUUGUGAUGCGGUGGCCAACUGACAUCACUCAGAUGAGCUACACCUGUAUAUUAAGCUUGUAGGUGGUAGCUCAAACUCAGAGAACUACAGUGAUAUUUGACACAAAGUGCACAUUAACUUUGACCUGCCAACAGAGCCAUGUGGAUAGUUUUAAAGUGAGAUGUGCCAUUCUAAAGCACAGGGAAGCAGGAAGAUGAAGUAUGGUGUGCCAGAAGGGACAAAUGGCAUGUAAUUUUACUGAAAAUUAAAGCGGUAGCAUCACGAUUAACUGGUUAAUACUGACACUCCUUAAUGCAAUACAAAGGUAGACCGUGGGUGUAAGCUUGGGUGACCAUACAUCCUCUUUUACCUGGACAUGUCCUCUUUUGGGGGGCUGUCCGGCCUUGUCCAGCUUUGUCCAAGGGACUUUAUAUAAUCCUUCAUAUGUCUGCAAGUUUUGAGUUAGUGUCGCAUGGACUUACUGAGUUAGAUGCAUGUAAAAUAACACUCGAUCCAACGCGAAAAACUCUCAAAAUUAACUACGCACGACUCUGUGACUCCGCCCCCGCAUAGUUGUGUCCUCUUUUUGGGGAUUCAGAAUAUGGUCACCCUAUGUAAGCUGUGUAGGAAUGGUGAAGAUGAUGGUGAUUGUUUAUAUCCUACAGAGUAAGACUUCAAAACAGUCCACAGUGGAAGCAGACAUUGACGCAAGCAGAUGAUAAAACACCCAAAUGCAUAAUUUUUUUAUGUAGUUCAACAUGUUCAAGUGUCGGAAACUUCAGAGGGUGAGUACUUAUGCGAGGCGAUGUAUUCAGACAGGACAGGUAAGAAAAAGUGAUACAAAAGGAGACAGAGAGACAGCAAAGACAGACACAGAGUGACAGAUGGGAAGGGAAGGAGACAAACAUAUAGACAUGUGGGAGCUGGGACUUGUGCCAGCUAAAACCAAACCCCACGGAUUGGGAGUAAAAGGUUGUGGGCUUUGCAGGUAGUAAAAUAAGAUGCCAAGGUUUUAAAGCAUUACUGCCAUAAAGCGCAGGAACAUGAGCGCUCAUGUGUGUUCCCUGUCAGUUAUUUCAAGUCUUCACACCGCAUACUCCAGCAGGUGGUGCCUCGUGUGAGCGCGCGACUGCAUCAGAUUUUGCAAAGGCAUUACGCUGCUUUGUCUUGCUUGUUUGCGACUUUUUUGGACAGAUGCUCGGGUGCUUAUUCUUAAGCGAAGGCAGAUUACAUUGAUUGGGUCAUCUUUAGAAAGGCUUUGAUGAAACAUGCUGCGCCAAAAUGUUUUCCUCAAGCAGCCCCCUUCCUUCCCUCCAAACACGUGUAAGCCUAGAUUAGCUCACACACACACACACACACACACUUGUUGGUUGAUAGGCGCUCCCGUGAGCUGAAACAAGUCACAGACCCUCUGAGAGGCAUUGUCACACCCAAACACACCAACACACACACACAUAAACAGACAGCAGAGACCCUUAUUGUCCCUGUUCCUACUCCCCACUGAAUGCCGGUUGCGUUUAUUUUGCAAAUUUAUGCUGACAUUUGAGAGUACACCACCCGCACCAGUUCACCGCUCCAGCAAAGGGUGUAUGAAUUAUCAUACUCCACUGUAUAAUAUGAUUUUCUCAAGUGAGUCUUAUUAGGAUACACCAUGCUGUCCUCAUCUUGAGUUCCCUUUCAGUUUUUACCGCGCUGAUACAUUGUUUGCACUGUCUGAUGGAAGAAAUCCUCCAUCACUGUCGAAACUCAAGGCAAACCGCGCCUCUCACACCCGCGGCUGUUGCUGUUUCAAGAUACACAAAUGAGAGCGAGCGCAGACAAGUAGGCGCAGACGUAUUGUACAGAGAUUCAGACUUGGGCUGUCCAAGCCUGUGUCAUCUCGGAGCGUCUGUCAGAUCCACUCCACAACAAGAGCUCUCAACCCUGCCCGCCCUGCAACACAACACUCUCUGCCAUCCCUUCUCUCUUCCUUCCUCCCUCUGUCUUUUUUUUUUUUUUUUUUCCUUUUCGCUCCCAAGGCAAAGCAUUUGUUCCUGGCUGAUGGGGAAGUUGAGGCUGCAGCAGCAAAACAAAUAUAUUCUGGCCUCCAACAAUCGCUUCUGGAAGGAGGAAGGGAGAGAGCGAGCGGGGGGAAAAACACAGAGGGUGAAUAUGGCCAAAAAAAUAGUCCCCUCAGGGAGUGUUUGGAAAAAGAGCAAGAGAACAUCUUUUGGUGGUGGUGGUGGCUGCCUGGCUGCCUGGCUGCCUGUCUGCUUCUCUCUCUCGCUCCCUCACACACACAAACACUCGACCCCACGCUCCCAGUGGGCUGCUGCUGCUGAUUGAAGCAUGGUUUGGUGUUUCUGCCCCAGCUGAUCCCCUGCCCCGAGUGGAUACCCGUCUCUCUCAUCACUCUAGAGCCACACAUGUCAUGUGUGUCUUUACGUAAUGGAGAGAGACUCCAUGCGAAGAUCAGAUAGAGGCAUUUUCUGGCUAGACACAACACUUUUAUCGCUUUUUUUAUUGCGUUCGUAUGUGUAUUGGGCAGGAAUGUCUAUUUUUAGUACGUGGGGUAAUCUCCACUAAGAGCCUUUCAGGGCUGUUUCACUUAAACCUGGCCAAAACACUAAGCCAAUAAUCCCCCACCCCCAUCCCCCGGCCCGACUCAUACUUUCACACACACACAGGGCAACAUGUUGCAAUGAUGCCACAUGAUAACACCAACCUUCCUGCUAUUAUUGAAUAAUGUGCCCUCUGUUGUGGGAGGAAGGUGUAAACAUUUGAUUCCUAGCAUGCUUUCGUUGUCUCGGACUUAUGCAACAACAACAGAAAAAAAAGAUGCAGGUAUUGCAAGAUGGUGUUUGCAUGGAGAUGAAAAGAGCUGAUCAAAGAGUGACAGGGAGAGAGGAACAAAGGGAAGAGCAAAAGUGAUGGCCAGAAGUGGGAAAACAGUUUGAAUAAGAGACAAAAGGGGGGAAACCUCGACAGAAUGAGGCAGAGAGAGGGAGGAGAUGGAGAGAAGCCUUCAAUCGGAUGGGACCGUGAUUCAUGGUGAAGCGCUAUCAGUCUAGGGCGGUAGGCUGCUUCCCCUCUCCAGGAAAGGCCAAUCGAUCCCAAGUGUGUCUGUGUAUGUGUGUGUGUGUGUGUGUGUAUAUGUGCUGUGUGCCAACAUGUCCAGUUGUGGCACAGGUCUUGGCAGUGGCCCCUCUGCUUUGGUGGUUUGCCAAACUCUGUCAGUCUGUGAGUUUGUGGACAGCAGUGUUGACUUGAAAAGAAAUUACCAGGACAAAUAAUGGGUUAAAGCUUUAAUUAAAAAAGGGAAAUAAAGUGGUUAUGGGUGGAGAUUGCAGUUUUUGAGUCUAGACUUAAGGAGUGGUCCAAAUUACGGCACACUUUGGUCGAGGGAGCCAGGGGCGGAUUCAGGAGAUGAUGCUUUUUUAAUCAAAGAAAAGAGCACUAGUUAAGCACAUCUAAGUUUAUUUCUGAGUGUGUAGUUUGUGGAUGCUUCAUAAUUUAGUUAAUUUGGAAUCAGUGAACUCUUGCCCCCCUCCUACUGUACAUGUGAAGGACGAGUUCCCCCCAGUCCCUUUUAAGAGCUUUGUCAACCAUGCAGAAAAAAACCCUCCCCAUUCUAACUAAGCUUUAUGAUGUGCACUGCAUGCUUAUAGCUCCAGCUUAUUUCCCCCCUGAAGCAUUUAAGUCUGCACAGGCCUCAAAUAGUUCAAGAGGCUCUCCAAGGCUCUGCUGAUGCAUGAGUGACUGGAUGCUUGGAUGACUCACUUGCUGCCCAAUCAGUAGCUCCCAAGUUUAAACUGGAAGCAGAAGCUUUUACAGACACUUGGUCACUGCAGAUAGAAAACACGACUUUACUCUUCUUUUUUCUAAAACAAAAAACUUCUAUGAAUAUAUUAUAUGCUGUAGAAUAUAACUUGAGGCAGAGUCUUUCAGAGAAAUGGAAAUUUCAUAAAUAUGGAUGUAAGAUGGGUUUAAAAAAGACCGUUGUUCGUGAAAUGCAGUCCUUCUUACAGCUUGCAAGCAACAAACAGGAUUUUUUUUUUCUAAUUUGGGACAGCUAAAGCUAAAGCAGAAUUUGUACUUUAUGAGUUUUUGAAUUUUAUACCCCGUAUAAACAACAACUUUUUUUCUGGAAACUAUUUUCAGUUGCUAUCAUGGCCUUUUUUUGUGUAGCUGUUGUGUAACAAGCUGAUCGGUAUUUGGAAGAGUGUUUGAGGGCUCUAGUCAAGUGGACAAUAACCAUUUAUCAGUCUCACUUUAGGGUGAAUGAACACCAUUAGUAAGUGAGCUUGCUUAGCUUUAGUUAGCUUUAGCUGCUAACACGAGAUCGCCUUGUGAUAGUUGAAGUAGAACAACAAGCUCAGUUUGCCUUGUGGUAUUUGGCCACCACUUUGAAUUCUUCUUUCCUUAUUGUUUUUUAUUGGUUUAUUUCACAGGGACAGUGCACCACUAAUCAACAGGGUUAAAAUAUAAACUGUAAGUAAGCCAAAGUUAGCUUGCAAGUCUAGUUGUCAUCUGUUGUCCUUGGCCAGAUGUUAAAGGCAACCUAAAAAGCAUUAAGUACUUUAAAACACAACUUUACAUAACAAUCUACCAAAUAAAAGCUCAUAAUAAGUCUGACAUAUGGUAUAACAAAAGCUCAUAUGGAUAAUGCUUGCAUGCAAAUAUAGUAUCUAGACAGGGUUAAUCUUUAGCUAACUGAUUAAGUUUUUAUGUCAGCUUGAUAAAUCUGCACUUUCAUGUCAUUAAACUGAUACGCUGAGAUGUUUCUUCAGCAACCAAAUGACACCGGUCAGCGCUGAUUAUUCCGCGUUUGUGGAAGGAUUUACAGCCCAGUGGUGUGUGCAGGUGUAGUGGGAAUGCUUAGCUAAACGUAAGCUUAAUCAAACUAAGGUUGACAUGAUCAGUAUUCCCCAAAGAAGACAUCUGAGAUUAAGAUGAAAAACAGCUCAACAUUGGAUGCUGAUGCUACAAAGCAACACUCUCAUGCCCCCCAUCCCCCCCUGCAUCGUCCCUGGCCUCACAUCAGCAGUGAGGAUUGUAUCGACUUAAGCGCACAGCUCCUUUGAUGUGUUUUCAUUUAUUUACUUGUAAAGAUAGGCGCAUCCCUCACAAGACACGCAACAGCUUGUGAAGUCCUGCAUGUUUGACCACCGCCGCCGCACGUGCAGCCCAUACACAGAAGAGAAAGAAAACCGCUCUGAUAAGGUGCACACAAAGUCACGACGCGGAUAAGGAAUCCACACCGCAACCACUUCCUUCUACCUGGAUCCAGGAGCGACGUGGCUCCUGCACACUCUCGCGCACACAGCAGAAGUCAAGGUAAAAGAUAAUGCGUUUAUUUAGUAAUCAGCAAAUAGCUUUUAUGCAGCGGGUAAGUGGUGAAGCCUGUGAGGCCUUGAUAAGAUCGUUUGCUUUCAGGUGUUUCCCUGUCGUGCCGCGCACGCCGUCGAGUGCAAAUUGAAUAGGGUGACCUUUUUUGCCGCAGAAUCAAAUUGACUGCAUUUCCCCCCAAAAGAUUCUGCCAUUUCAAUUACCAUAAAUUUGUGAUAUUGCAUCCCCCUGUCAUACGCACAAACACGCGCGCACAAAGAUGUAGAAUAGGACAAUGACACAGAAGCACACCUUUUGUUUGAAACACUGUCGACCACUAUAUCUCGUCCACUGUACCCUGGCUCUCCUUGCGCUGGCAUCUUUCCGAGGAAGACAUUACUGUGACAAAUGAAACGCCACAAAAUCCUCGAUGGGCUUGGCAGGGCCUGAAAGGUCAGGAGCCGCAUUUGUGUGCAGGUGUGUGCGGUUGUAAAGUGUGUAAAGGCGGUGUCAUCAGCAGAUAAUAACAUUGAGUCCUCUGUGCAAAGAAAGAGAAGUUCUGGUCCAUUCUGCUCCCUUUGCAAAUCUAUGUAAAUGUCAAAAAUGUCAAAAUACAGCCUCCCGUGUCUGUGUGUUAUUGUUUUAUGGAUAGCUGAUGGCAGACUUGGACUCCAGGCAGGAAAUGUGGUGCUGUCCAGGUCAAGAAAAAAAAACAAAAAAAACAAAACAUGAGAAGCAGUCGCAGUUCCUUUUUUCUGCCUCCCUCUGCACGUGCUCGGUCCCCCUCCCUGUGUUCCUCCAGCACAUUAUCAACAGUGUAACAGCAUGUUCAAAGGCCCCUUGCUUAGUGGUGCACAUUCAGAGCUGCCGACUUAAGCAAAUAGCUAUUUGCAUGCUAUUAGGUGAAAAAAGCAGAGGGAUGCACCAUUCCUCACCCCAUCUCCGCAUCUAGCUGAAUAUUCCUUAUUUUGAUGCUCCAAAUCUCCGUUUUUUUCUCUCCCUCCUCCUGCUGCGACCGUCAAAGUCAGAGCAAUCACAGCAAUCAGUGCCUCCUCGUGCCAAGCCGAUUGGGAAGUAGCUGCCAAAACAAAAGAGCGAGUGUCCAAUCAUUAUGAUGGUGUGUGAUUCUGUGGUGUUAGCAAACGGUUGCUCGGACCAUCUGUUGGACGGCUGAAGAAGGAAAACAACAGCAGCUCAGGGUUGGACCGUGGACGAGGAGGCUUCACCAGGGGCCACCAACCACCCAAUCCUUGAAAUUGUCACAGUAGCUAAUAAUGUACUGGAAACAACAUGAAAAAGAGCUACAGUGAUGAAUGUGUUCAUCAAUUAAUCAACUAAACCAACCAAUCAAAUGAACAGACUAUGAUAUUUUUUCAAGUCAGGUUCAGGUCCCAGCUCUUUAGAUUUGAGUAUUUUAGUAAAAUCAAUCAAAAUUUCUCAAUUUUAUGAAAGUUUUUGUCAUUCUCAAUGUGAGUGUGCGUGCAUUUAACAGUUUGGCUUAAAGCCUUCACAAAGUUUUUUUUUCACAUCCUUGUGACUCUGAGGUUGAUUUUUUUUUUUUCAUUUCUUUUGAUCCCUGGGUUUCCAAAUCUAUCUGGUUGCUUUUGUGCAAAGGUGCACAACCGUUUGCAUGAUGUUUGACCCAAAGUUAGACAGAAAGGGCCUUGUAGGUCUGAAGGCAUGUGACAGCCUCAGCUGCUCUCAGCAGAUGUGUGACAGAGUUCAGGUGGUUAGGUCCAGCACCAGCAGCAGCUCUGGGGUUACUACUCAAAGGUUUUUUUUUUUCCCCAUUGAGAUCUAGAAAGAACAACAGAGCUCACAUCCCUGGGGUAGGUGUCUCAAUCGGAUCUGGCCUGUGUCAGGAUGUGUAACAACACUUCUCUCUCCCUCUUUGGCUGGUUCUCAAACACAUAGAUAACUCCUCUCCUCACUUUCUCUUCCUUCUCCUCCUCCUCUCUCCCACAUCAGCUCAUCUGAUAGUGCUCUAACAGUCUCAAAUAGUUCCCAGGAGAUGCAUCAUCUCUGCACAUACACAUCCUGGUCCUCUCCGAUGGGUCGAACCGCUUCCUCAUUGAUGGAUAACUCACAUAGCCUUCGGAACUGAGACAGACAUCUGGCGUAUGAACCGUCGGUUCCUUAGACGAGCCUUCUUCUUCAUUCACAGAGCCGCCAUUUCUGUUUUAACAGAGGCACAAAAUAGUGAAUUCCUGCCAGAGUGAAGGGAUUAGCGUGAGGCCAGUUGUGGUAUUAUAGCUAAGUAGGAUGGAGAAGCCUGAAAUCAGCUUGACUGGACAAACUUGUCUGCAUUUGGAGGGUAAAGAUUCAUGAUUUACAGCCCAAACCAACAUGAAACACCAGAAAACAUCCUAAACUCGUAGUUUGACUCAAGAUUUGAUCUGUAAAAAGAUCCGUUGGUGUUGUCUUGUGUUAGAGCAUAUUAAUCUUUUAUCUUUUUCAUUUUUCUGGGAGGUAGUUUUAGACAGAUUAUUAUACCUUGCUUCCUCCCCAAUACUGACGCAGAUAUGGAUACUGAUAGAUACAGAUGUCAGUGCUGAUACUGACACGACAUUGAUACUAAUUUGAUGCUGAUAGGUAUGCUAUUACCAGUAUAGAUACUUAUACAGAUACAAUAGUGAUAGGGACUAAUACAGUGUGAUGCUAACACUGAUAUGGAUACUAGUACAGAUAUUGAUACCAACAGUGAUAGUGCUACUAACACAGCACUGAUACUAAUAUGGAUACCAAUACAAAACUGAUACAGAUAGCGCUAUAGUGGGGAUUUCAGCAAUAGCAAUAGCAAUACAGAUACCAUAACCAAAAUUAAACUUGAGUUUUGGCCAAUAUCAAGUAACCCUCUGUGCUAUUAUGAAUAAAAACUUUAAAAAAGAGUAAAUAUUGGUGGUUAAACACAGCUUGGUGAGAUUUUGUUAUCUUUUAGAUAUGGUAGUUUGGUCACUGUUUUGACUUUCUUUUGUUUACGUGCAUUUGGAGUAGUAUCUGAGGCUGAUACUACACUAUUAUUGGUAUCAAUAUUGGCUUUAAAUAUCUGUCCAAUGCUGGUAUUCUGGUUUCAGAGCUGCACAACACCGAGCAGGUCCAAAAUCUUUUCUCUGCUCUUUUUCAUGUCCAAAAGCCGAACACAGCCACUAAAAAGGUUUGAAAUGUAGUUUUAUGACUUAAAACACCAUCAUAUGGUUUCACUGCUGCCUCACACACACAGAGACAAAGACACAGAGAGAGACUUAAGAGUGUUAUGUACGGUUUCAUCGCUCUGUAUAGGCCAUAAUCACCCUCGCUCCAUCUCAGUAAGCUCAUGCUAAAUGACCAGACGUCUCUGGCUGCUGCCAUGAUUUGUCUCUACGCCGUGCAUCGCACCUUACCUUCACCCUCCCUGCCUCUCUCUCUCUCUCUCUCCCUCCCUCUCUCCUUCCCCACUCCCAUAUGUUGUGCCUGUGUGACCGGCCGACGUGUCAGGCCUGACUAACGCCUUAACGGCAAGCCUGACGUUGAUUUAUUUCCUCUGAAAUCUGGGGGCCGGGGGUAAUAACACAGAAUGACAUUAUUUGUUUAUCAAAUCCAAGGCUGCUUUUCUUGGCAGAGUCGAGAUGUGACGACUUGAUACCAACCCCCCCCACACACACACUAACCCCCCACCAUUUCUGAUUGUGCCAUGAUUAGGAGGUCUGGCUACUCGCUUAACCUCAUCCAAGGGAAUGUUUUUGAAAUCUGACAGAGCAAAGAGCAGAGAGGGGGAGAAAAAGAUUGAGAUGAAGCAAUGCAAUUAAAUUGUCAAGGCACAGAUUUAACCCCGCCACGCAAUUUGGCGCUCAAUUUAUUAAGAAUGUUUUCUGUCUGAACUAACUGGAUGCUAUUUCUCUAUCUGCAGAAAGAGAGAAGGAACGAGUGAGCAGAAAGAGACAGUGAGAAUAAACAGUACUUUAAAUACCAGAUGACCCAUUUAAUGGGAGAUAUUUUAUCAUCCCACAUCCAGAGAGGCUGCCACAUGUUCUGCCUCUCAUUUGAAGAUAACAGCGGCGGCUGUUUAGUCUGUUGAAACUUCAUCUUCUCCAGUGAUCAGGUCUAUCAUUCGGGCUCUUUCACAACACAUUGAGUUCCUUUUAACAUGUAAAUGAUGCAUUGCCCCGAAAAGUUCAUUAAAAUUUGAUCCCUGGCAAAUUUGCUCAGGAGCGUGGAAUCCUCAAGAAGCAAUUAGCAGAUUUAAUUUGGCUAUUUGCCCCAGCGUGCAGGAGUGGGUGUUUGUUUAAAAUAGCACCUUCACCUUCCGUUAUCAGCCGUGUGAAUAGUAUCUCCUGGAACACAAUGCGGCGCCGUGGAACUCAAUAAAGGAGUUAAAGGCAAGGACAACCUCAAAGACAGCAUGCCUGAUAACAAAAGGGCCUCACCUAAUAAUGAACAACCGGAGUAGGCUUUCUUUUCUCUGACUCGGGGAGAAAAAAAAAACUGGGGUGAAGGAGGGGAAAGAAAGUCUGCCAGCACUUGCCAGCAUGUUUUAUGGCUAAUUGAAGCAUUUGGAAUAAAACAGCCACAAAAUGGCACCCUUUAGAAUUGAAGCGGGGUUAAUAUAUUGUGAUCCCACAAUUAGCCCAGGAUUGUUAAGAUCUCUUUAAUUCGGUGAGGUCCAUUAAGCGGGAUGGGCGAGGAAGUGCUCCCACAGAGACAAUUUUUCUCCCCUUGCUUUGUUCUUCCUGCCCUCGUUUUUUUUUCCUCUCAGCAGCUGCUGUGGUAAUCAAUAUAAGUGGACAUGUCCGUCAGCAGGUUGCCAGGUUAUCCAGGCGUCACCUCCUUUGGGUGCCAUAGCUCCUGAAGUCCACCCACACGGAGAGGGUUUUUGUUUAUACACAAACAAGCAAGUCGGUUGUAGUAGAACGCCUUUGGUGUGGAUACUCUGCAAAAUGUGAUCAUUAAAGCGGCAUUGAAGAGCUCGCCCUCGUGGACAGGGGCAUUAGAUCACACUCUCUCCGGGGUGGGAAUGAUCACUGAGCUCUGCUCCUUACCCCAGUUUUUCAAAUCUCCACUUGGCCCACGAGUGCCUCCACUAGAGCCACGGCGGCGGCGUCUGCUGCCUGAUCGGCACGACUCAGGGUUUUACAAGUGUCUCUUUCAGAAUAAGAGAGUCCCUUCUGGGUUAUCUGCAGGGGAUACUGUGUGCCUGGUGGAGCUUGCCAGUUGGUGGAGGUUUUUGAAACAGGAUUGAAUUUCUAUAUUUGAGCUUUCCACAGAAACUCUCAAAUCUUUCCCAAAACCGUGACAUAAUGCAGCCUGCGCAGCCUUUCUGAGUUUUAAUGCAACUAGUGUCGCAGAGGGGCAUAAUUUGCAAUUUCUAUGGAGUAUAAAGGUUCAGAGUUAAUCUAAAGAGGUAAAUACUGCUUCCCAAUACACAGCGUAGCUUUUGUGGUAAGUGAGGAUGGACCCAGACAGAUGGCUGGCUCAUUAAAGACUCAUUUGUGAUAAUCUAAAAUGAUCCUACUUUCAAUUUCUCAUGCGAGGAUGUAUGUUUGGCCUAAGAAAGGGCUCUGGAUUAAUACGUACCUGCUUAGCGCUUGGGUAAUAACUUGGGAAGCUGGAAAAUGGUGAAUAUUUUAGGGGUUUCCAGUGCAGUAGAUUUGAAGCUCCUUUCAAGUAAUUAAACAGCAUGCCACCUCAUACAGAGCAAUUUCCUGCAAGGCGUUUGCCUGCCGGUGCGGCAUUGCCCCAGUCUACGUCGUGUUAUCUCUGUGAAAUAUGUCUCCUUUAUCAUUUUUUAAUAAUGACUGAGUGCUCUUGUGUUGUUAGGAGAGAAAAAUCUACUCAUUGAGCAUCAGAUUAACAUUUCCUCACUGUUAGCUAGCUGGAUGCUAUCUGGAUGUCCAAGAUUAGAAACUCAUAUUUGACUGAGGGAAGAAUGAAAACGGUGGUCUAUCACUUUGGAAGAUUUAAACCCGCCUCAGCGCCAGACUUAGUGGGUGGGCAAAUUUAGUGCAUGUUGGAAACAGAGUCUUGUGAGGUGUAGUUUUGGUAUCUCAGAGGUUGGUGGCCCCCUUUGGCAUAAUGAUGGCACCCGUGCCAAGCGAUAAUGAUCCAUGUGCAUAAAGGGAUUUGUUCUCGUUGGGCUGGAGAAUAUCCCAGGGUGACGACAUUGUUUAUCUUUCUGCUGUUUUAAAGUCCCCUGGGCUGUCAUGGCGCUGGAACAAACACUUCCUCCCCGCUGCCACUUUUCCAUACACCCUUCUAUCAAACAAGCUGCAUUGCCUUCACUCUUAAUACCUGUUUACCUCUUAACUCUUGUUGUUUUUCUCCUCAUGGGUGAAUCUCCCAUUAUGAUGCCUAUCACCUCCUUUUCUCUUAGUACUUCCAUCUCUGCGAAUUCACAUCUCUGUCUCUUUCUUUACACAUACUUCUAAUCUCCACCAUUAGACAACCAGAUGCAUCCAGCACACAACCCAUCCUGUGCAACAUCAAAGAGCAGCUGAGUGGCAAGAACGCGCUUUAUUUCUCAUGAAAUGUUGAUGCUUACUUUCCCUCUUCCGUUGCAAACGUCAGCUGUCAUGCCAACAGUUUAAAUAUAUCACACUUAUUUAGCUUCGGCGGGUGGUAAUUCGCCUUAUCUGAGGAUUGCUUGCAAACAUCUUGUCGGUGAGCCAAUCAUCUCUCAAUCCUGCGGGGGAGGAGAGAGUGCAGUCAACUUUUGCUCAUUGUUUCCUUUACCCCCACAAACCGCUCCAUAACGCAACACACCCCUGCCCCCCAACCCGUACCCGCCUUCCCUAGAUACUUGCUACUUGUCAGCCCUGGUAAUGGGUUUCUUGGGGGAGAUAUUAUUUUGGUCCAGUAAGCUGCAUGCUUAAAAUAUGAGUGACAGGCUUGACUCACUUGUGCAGGGAGAGAAUUUUGUUUUUAAAAAGGCUGCCAAAAUAGAGCCAGCUCUGCGGCUGCGGAGAAAUUGAGAAAAAAAAAAUCUUCCCACUCUAUUAACAAUGAAAGCCCGCAUGCAACCACCCACCACCUUUACUUCCCUGGAAGAAGAAAAAAAAAGACAUGUAACUUUUCCCUGACUAAAAUGUCCUAUUUUCCCCAUCUCUCUAUUUUUCUGUUUCUGUCUCUCUCCCCCCGUUCCCCCCUCCUAAGAAGAUAGAUGAAGAAAAUGAGGCCAACUUGCUGGCAGUGCUUACAGAGACACUGGACAGCAUCCCAGUGGAUGAGGACGGAUUGCCUUCGUUCGAGGCCCUGGCAGAUGGGGACGUGACCAAUGCCAGUGACCGGAGCUGUCCCUCCUCCCCUGACGGCUCGCCGCGCACCCCAGAGCCUGAGGAGCCUUCUUUGGUAAGAACCUCCCACAAGGAAAUCCCAAAAGCACCAGUCCAGGGUUUAAAUAGUCUUCCCAAGUCAUGACCCACAACCUUUCAUACACUGUCGCCUCUAAUCCUGACCCAGCAAAGACUCAAAGGACAAGAACGAGGUCCCAAAAUUGGCCAUUGGUCGAUUUUGACUUCUGUAUUUAUCAUUCCCACAUUUGCAACAAUUUGUUGACAGGUUAAGUGAAAUUGUGCAGAACUACAGCUGCACAGUCGAAGGGAACGGAUCAAUGCGUUAGCUGCUCGGCGCUAAUUACAUAACACUGCUUUUGUGGCGCCAUUUCAAUGAUACCAGCGUUGCGUUCGGGCCAAGUACGGUUGACACGGUGCCACAAGCCCCGAAAUCAAGCCGGCGAGUAAUAAAAGUCGAGAAAAAAGGAAAUCCAUUUCAUUUUGUCUUCUCUCAGCGGGCCCCAACUAAUCCCCCUGUGCCCGAGUCAUCUUUUUGGCAAAAAGACAGACCCCUUGAUGAGAAGUCAGCUUACCUUUUGUGCUGUUAUUUUUACACAUAGCCACGCCAUCUGGGCCUUUCUUUUGGCUUAGAGGCUCUGACCCAAAAUGUUAUGUUAUGUUCAGUUAUAGUCCAUUUUAUUCCAUGCCGGUCCUUUCCAAAUGACCUUUUGCCACAUGCCCGAGCGUGUUUAUUCAAUCACAGUGGAGAAGCCUGGCUUUGUGUACACGAAAACACCUGCUCAGGAGGGAAAAACUAGUCCGGUCUUGUGAUAUUCUGUCGAAAAAAUUCCAAACCUUUUCCACAAUCCAACCUCUCGCCGUUCUGCAUUUACAAAGCAUAGGAUGUUUAAUUGAAAGACAAUGGUGAUUUGCAUAACUCACACUCUCUUUCCCCCCCUCCUCUCUUUCCACUUUCCCUCGCUCUGUUUUGGGUCCGUCUGCAGCUGAAGAAGCUCCUUCUGGCACCCGCAAACUCCCAGCUCAGCUAUAAUCAAUACACAGGUGGCAAGGCACAGAACCAUGCAGCCAGCAGCAACCACCGGAUCAGACCACCACCUGCCGUCGUCAAGGUAGGGACACACACACACACACACACACGCAUCGACAAAUACAUGCACUUGCACUGCCUUGCUGCGUAUUCAACUCGUGUACACACACAUUUUUGUUAGUGUUUGUUUAUUCCCUGUCUUGUUUCUGGCUCUUUCUCCCUCCCCUCUCACACUUUUCUUGUUUUGGUGGCCGCCUUUAGAAGAUGUUAGGCUGCUGCUCUAGUCGGCUAUCCCAGGGGGCCCUCUCGUAAUGAAAACAGGCUGAUUGCUGUUGGGCUUUCCAGGCGAGGCUUCGGCACCGUUGUCUCAUUAGCUCCACCACUUAUCCGCCUUGGUAUGGUGCCUGUUGGAAAAAAAAAAAGGAGGAGAAAAAAAAAAAGAAAAGAGCGACAGGCAGUCUUGCGGCGAGAUUGAUGCCUUGAGACGACAAGAUCAAAAUAUCAGACUUGAUGUUCUCAUUAGAUGGCUCUCAAAAGGAUUUUUUCAAAAGGGGCGGGGCUGAUUGAGAUUAAUGUUCGUCAGCGGAUGUUUCAUGGGUUUAUGAAUGUCUGUUUGCAUUUCAUGUCAGGACAUACGAAAAUAUAUGUUCUGUGUCACAUACAGUUUGGAGGAAAAUGUCAGAAAUCUGCUUUCCAGGCUCACCUGGAUGAUUAAAGUCUUCUGUAUGUGUCAGUAUGUGAUCAAAUCAUGAGCUAAACGAAACACAGACACAGAUUUGUGUGUUUAGUGCGUACAAUGUUUGCACAUGCAGUGUGUCAACCUUCCUCACACAGUCUAUUUUCAUACUGUGCCUUUGAGUCAUCCAUUUCUGGAGCACAGCGAAUGAGGACUCCCGGAGGACAUGGUGCACAUACAGAGUGGCACACUGGUGCUCGGAGGGGCCACGCAAUUAAGAUGAUGGGCGGACCGCACUCCCUCCAUCGCCUCCCAGACCGCUCAGCAGUGGCUGUCUGCAGAGUCGCUCUUUUAGCCUCUCUCUCUCUCACUCCAUCACUUUCAACUUUUAUUUAUGCGCUCAACAUUUUUCCAAACUGGAUCAGCUGUACGAUUCUAACAUGGGAAAACUUUUAUUAAAGCCGCUAAAUUUUUCUUUCUGUAUCUCGUUUUUUUGCACAGACGGAGAGCCCCUGGAAUGGCAAAGCAAGAGGGGGCUCCAGCCAACAGAACCGCCCGGUGAGGCGGCCGUGCACUGAGCUGCUGAAAUACCUAACAGCCACCGAUGACAUCCUGCUCCACACCAAAGCCAGCGACGCCAAGAGCACCUGGGGAGGUGCCGGUAGCAGGGACAAGAGCGGCUUGGGUCUCGGCGCCUCGUCCUCCUCCUCUUCGCCGUCCUCGUCCUCCACCUCCUCGUUCUCCUCCCUCUCCUCCACCUCAUCCUCCUCCUCCUCUUCCACCUCAAAGAAGAAGUCAACCGUACCAUCUCAACAGCAGCAACAACAGCAGCAGCAGCAGCAGCAGCAGCCGCAGCAGCAUCACCAGCGAGGUGAGAGCCGGGCUGCAGGCGGGUGUAUUGUGGCUGGUGUUGGGGCUGGGAAGUGGCAGCGUUGCUCUCACGAUGACGGGGUGGAGGAGUCGGAGGGUGCUUCUAUCUCUGUCAGCCACAGAACCUCCACCUGCGGCCAUGCCCGCCUCAAACUGGAGCACGGGCCUCCCAGUGAAGAAGGAAGGCCGCCAGGCGAUGUGGGCCGCCUGGCCGCCGCUAGGUUUAUUAGGUAUAUGCAUUCUUAUUCCCUCCCUCCCCGAGAGGUGAGUCACAGCUGUGAGCAUUGCCGAGAGGCUGCGGGCGCCACUCAGGCUAGAGAGGGCUUUGGCAGGCAAGGCCGUAGUAACAGUAGCGGUGCCCGCCGUGCGCCACGUAGGCACGUCACAGUGACUAUUAGGAAAAGAGACGAGAAGUCGGGGCACCCUUUACUUAGCCAGCUGCUCACCUCCAAACAGAGGCCCACUGAGUAUCGAGCCCACUUACCCCCCCUUGAGAUCACCCCUUUACCCAGAACCCAAAGCAAAUCAGCAGGUAAGAGGUCUGAGAGCCCCACCCAGGCUGAUCCCAAGGUGGAGGAGGAAGAGUUUGAAAGGACUCUUGAUGUAAAAAACCAGGCCGUAAGUCCGGUUGAACAGCCCGACUCGGGGUCCUUGUUGUCACCUCUCACCUUUGACCUAGAGAGCUGGGUUAGUCAGCCUGGCUCAGAGCUAGGCAUAGGUUUCGGACUAGAUCUCGGGUGGCUAAACCAUGGGGAGGAUGUUGACCAUGAUGAUGUUGAUGAUGAUGAUGGUGAUGAUGAUGACGAUGAUGAUGACCAUGUCACGGGCAGCCCCGCAGCGGCGCUCUCACAGAGCCCACCAAGCCCACUCUUCCCAGAUACUAGAAUUGCAGAGCCCGCCCCUCCCUGCAUCACACAAGGGCAAGGGCACCCACACAGGCAGGCACUCAGCGAGCACCCCGACGACCAGGGCCACCCGUUGUUAGGUAAUCAUGACUGCAUCCCCCCCACUGGCCUUAUCUCUUGCUCUCUUUUUCUCCCUCUCCUGCUUUAACCACUUCCCAGUUUGACUUCACAACUAACCCCUACUCUAAUACCGAUCUAACCGUCAUUCUGAGGGCAAAAACAAACCAGCCUGCUGUCUCAGACGAUGCUUUCUGCUAGUCCUGGAGGCAUUUAAACAAAUCUGAAUAAAGGGGUAAUGUUGAAAAAAAGCAGGGGGUGGGAAAGGGGGUGAGCCUUGUCUUGCUACUAUCCGCCCUGUAUCUAAAAGUCGACCCUUUGAACGGUCUUUUGGCUGAUUGAGCUGAGUGUGCUGAAUCCGUACAUUUUAGACUCAGAGCCCGGGUGCUGCUCUUUUUUAGUAUCGUGCUACUAAAAGCCACGUUUCCACAAGUCGGCCAGAGCCUCGGGCAACUGCACAAGCUUCCUUGACUCUCCUUUCUUCCUUCUUUUUCCCCCCUCCUCUGCUGUUGGUGCAUGCGAAUAUAAACUUUAUUGUCCAGGAAGGGGCUCACCACUGUCAUGUGUCUUGUUUGUGGCAUCGUCUCUAUGUGUAUUUAUUCCAUUUCUCGAUCUAUUUGUUGUCUUGAGCGGGGUAUGUUUGUGUCUGGACACUUGUGAAAUACACACCAUCACUCCAUCCUGCCUCACAGAGUGAACAGUCUAUCCUAAAUUGUUAAAACGGGGUCAAACUAAAAUAUGCAAAUAUGCUUUGUGCAAUAGUGUCCUUAGAAAGACUUUCUAAUGGGUGUUUUUUUUUUUUUUUUUUUGUAGUGAUAAUUGCAUUUCAUGAGCAAAUUUAAGAUUAAGUGUUGCAGAAUGUGGACCUGUUCUCUUCUGCCUUGAGUGUCAUACCUAGAUCAAUAAUUACCCAUGCUCCUUUGUGUUCUGCAGCCAAACCAACCACCUUGCCACUUCCUUUGACCCCAGAGUCUCCAAAGUAAGUCUGAGAAGUUUUUCCACACUAUUCCAGGCAAAAAGCAGCAGGAAAACUACAGAAAAACAAAGCAAAUAGAGAACAACUAUAUAGACUAGAAUCCAAGUUGAGGCAUUUUUGUGACUCAUUUCCAUUUCUUAGAUCAUAAAAGCGUUUCACUUUCACCCAAGGAGUAAAAUGCACCUUCCUUUUUUUUUUGUCUUCCAGUGACCACAAGGGAUCACCGUUUGAGAACAAAACCAUUGAACGCACAUUAAGUGUGGAGAUUGCUGGAACCCCAGGUAAGCGCACACGUCUUUAUGAUUACUGUUAUUCUCCUCACUCCGUUGUUGUAGCUAAUAAAGGGUUAACUCUGGCUCCACCAUCUUGAUAGUUCCCUUCGCAGUUCAGAGUUCAAGGUGACGGCGCUGGAGAACUCUUUUAUGUGGCCGACUAUUGAUUAGGCUUUCCAAUCUCUUCAGGGUUUAUUAGCAAACCCUCCCCCAUCUCCCGUCCCCAUUUUCUGAAGAGUUAAUAUGCUUCUCCUCUUCCUCUAUCAGAUCUUAAUGCGCUCUGACUGACAGCUUACUUAGCCUACAUAUCAUUAGAGAAAUUGAAAUGGCAGUGUUACUGUUUAAUUGGUUUUACAGAGUAAUUCAGUUUUGCACGGAUGAUCUAUGAUUUUGUUUUUUUAGGGGUCUUUGACAUGCAGGGAAUCAGAUCAGCUGACUUAUGAGAAAUUUUUGAAGCUCCACGCUUUUGAUCAGAACAACAAAAUCAGGACAAAACAGGACAAAACCUGCUAUAUUUUGGGCUGUAUUUCCUAUUUGUGCACAGAAAAAGUCAGAAGAAUGAUUUUAUAACAACACAGCUGCCCCUUUGCUCUCUAAACUCUUUAAUGUUGCACUUUCUGCUUGAAGUUUUCAUUCACCAGCAGGGGUGUCUCUUAAAGGGUCUGAAAUUUGUGGCACAUCAAACCCCAAGAGGGUCCCCCUGCAUCUCUCUGACCCUGGUCCAAGUGCCAUUUAACCCUUUUGUGUUGAUAAGCUUCUCGGGGUCAAAGGGGAUGCCCGUCGAGACCAAAAAGCACGGAAAGAGCUGCACCGCUUAAGCUCUGGUGCAAUCAAGCGAGGUUAAUAUUUCUUCCUGUUUUACAGCACGUGGGUGAGCCUUUUGACCUGUGGCCAAGUCUAAGCGUCCGUUCCAUUUAACAGCCCCCUGUCAAAGAAAGCCCUUCACCUGACUUCACAAAUUUUGGAUUGAAUAUUAGCAAGAAAAAGUCAUUAGUCCAGGAAGCUCUGGGUUACUGAGCCCCUUUUUACUUCUUAGGGAUUAGCUUUUGAGUCUGGUGCUGCAUGAGACAGGCGGAUAUAGACCCCUUUAAGCGGGGGUGAGAGCUAUUAGGUCCAGAGUUACAUGUCCUUUGCAGAUUUAGAGUAACAUUCCACUACAAUGGAGAUUAUGGCGCUGUUACUGAUAACCAGAUGGAAGUUAGCCAGGAGGGCGGCUCCACCCACCACCUGAGACGCAGCUCACUGGUGGAACUUUCCAUGAAUUCCUGCCAGUUCUAUUAUUUAUGGCUCUAUGAUGAGUUGUAGUAGCGGUGGUUACUGUUUAAUAGAAACACUUAUCAGCUGAACAUCUUGUACUCUCCCAGCUCAUUAUUUGGUACUUUAAGCUCAGCUGAGGGGUGUUUUUUUUUUGUUUUUAUUGUGUGUGUGUGUGUGUGUGUGUGUGUGUGUGUGUGUGUGUGUGUGUGUGUGUGUGUGUGUGUGUGUGUGUGUGUGUGUGUGUGUGUGUGUGUGUGGUUAUGAAACAGACUGCAAGAUCGUCUGGUUCAACUUUGCCAUUUUUGAUUCCUGAUAUUCCUGCUGCAGGGUAGAAGUCAAAGUGUCUGAUAGCACUUUGCAAAAACAGCUUUUAGUUUAUUUUUUCAACACAAAUAGUUGAAAGUAAAACCAAGGAUAGGGGCCACAAAGUAGGGCUGGGCGAUAUGUCCUCAAAUCACUAUCACGAUAUAUUGAACAGUUUACCUGGAUAACGAUAAAUGGUCGAUAACUACUCCACAAGCUGCUCACCCCCUUCCACAUUAACUUCAUUUACUUCAGCUGCCGCACCAGCCGCUAAAACUUUUGAACGGUAUGACAUAUGACAGCAUCUUAAAGGGACAUGAGACCAUAGCCUACCUACGCACAUCCAAAAAAAAACAAACUUUUAUUUAUUUAUUUAUUUUUACACUGAAUGCACCUAUAUGGACAAAAUGACGUCAGUUAUUGUCGUAGAUUUCGGUAUCUGUAAAUGUUCGGUUUAUCGCCCAGCCCUACCACAUAGUAUAUAUUAUGAGGAUAAGGAAGUAAUUUUGCAAAUCUAAAGUUUUUGUAGAAAAAAGGUGUAAAUUAACAAAAGCAAGGUCAAUUAUGAAAAUUAAGUUCUAAAUUUGGAGGAAUCAAAUCACAAUUCCGAGUGUUAUAGAUGCAGGUGUUGCCUUUUUCCAGAGAGGGCGCCAAAAUCAACCCAGAUCAAAAGUUUCUGACAGGAGCUUUAAAGGAAGCUUCUCUUUGCUCUGUUGCUUUAAUGUUUUCUUGACACGUCUCAGAAAGGUUCAUUGAAGGCAACAACAGGCAGAGAGAGAAGCCCCCCUGGGAUCUGCCUAAUCUUUGCCGAGCUAAUAGAUUUACCCUGUGCCGCCGUGUUGUCUUUAAUUACUGUAUCUCAUGACACUGAGGUGGUCCGUGUGUGUAGAUAUUUGCAUGGCUUACCGCCGGAUCAACUCUUUGAGCACCGGGUGGUUAUUUACUCCAUGUCAUUUACAUCCGGACCACUUUUUCACUCUGGUGGCUUCAUGAUUGGUGUUUGUCAGAGGAUGAUCCAUCACUAGCAGGUUUGACUGAGAGGCACAUAUUUAUCUAAUUCUGAUUUAUUUCACCCCCAUCGCUAAUGGCUCCUAGUUUAUGACCCCACGCGCACAUUGUUUUGGACAGAUGGCGCUUCAUUGGUGAAACAGAAGUUCCUCUGGCGAUGUGUAACACCCCCUCUUUUUCCCUCUCUCUUCUCCUGUUCAUACAGUAUGUGUCUGUAGUUCUAUCAGAGCCAAAAAGAUAGAAGAAAGAGUGAAUCAAGGGAAGUGGGUGCUUGCAGUCCUCCUCGCAGACACCUCCCGUUAAUAAGUAGGAUGCUAAGCCGUUAGAUCAGGCAUUCCAAACACAGCAAGCGCUUUCAGAAACUUGCAUAUUUAUGUAUCAGGCUCCCUUUUUGCUCCUGUCUUCCCUGUGCACACUCUAACACUGGAUUUGAUACUAAUAGCUGUCAUUUGGUGCAAUUCACCAGCGAGGGGGAAGAAUGAUGUGCAUUAUAAGAAAGGCAAAGAAGAGGGGAGAGCGUAGGUGUUUCAAAGUGCCUGAGUUUGACUCCAGUGAGAGACUGUUAGCGACGAGUGUGUGUGUGUGAGAGAGAGAGUGUGUGUGUGGGCACAUUUGUUCUGUGUGAGACAGAGACAGGAAAGGAUGUUGAGAAAAGAGAGAAGUAGAGAUUGAUCCAGGGAACGGGAAGAGAGUGAAAGAGGGGAGAAUAGAAGACUGAAGGAGAGGAGGGGGAGAGAAUGAGAGUAAUGGCGGCUGCUGUUUGUGUGAGUGCAUUAACAAUGCUAUAAAGUGGGCUCAUCUCAGGACUUCCCAUAUAACUGCCAUCUGUCUGGUUGUAAAUCUGUAGGAGGCGGGGAGGAAAGAUGGGGGGGCACACGCAGUAGGGACAUGCCAUCAGAGAAGAAUGACAACCCAUUCGACAGUACUUCCUGUUCUGCCAUGAAAAAGCAGACGUCCCAGCGUGGCACCAUCAUCCGACAAGUGAAUUCGUACUUUAAGAGGCGCAGAAUUAUUCACAAAAAAUGUAGAUGCUGCAGGUUAAUCUUAAAACAUGUAGGCGCCGUGUCACUAAUGGGUCUCCGAGAUGGAUAAAAAAGGUCUUUGGUUUUAUUCAGAUGAAUUGGCUGCUGUCCAGUACGGACAUUUAUGUGAAGCAGGCGGAGAUGUGAUACAUGUACUCUCAUUUUUUUUUCAUCGGAUGUGUUACGUUUGUCCUCUGCAGGGUUUUGUGUUGUGUUUUUUUUUUUUUUUUUUCACAUGAAAAGGGAUCUUUCCAAGGUCAGAGAGGAAGGGGAUAGCAAGUCAUCCGUAUUACAGCACCAUCAUAUUAAGUUACACCAAGCAUUACAUUAAUCUGUCAAGAUUGCAAUAAAAGAGAGAUCAGGAUUAGGCCGAGGGAAAGUGAAUAUUUUAAUCAGGCAUGUAUCUGUGUCCACUGUCCAUAAACUGACCCAGGAGUUUAUAGAUUAAUAAGUGGUGGUGCUGGUGGGUAUUUUGAGAGGGUUGGCAUUAUGAUUCCAUUUUCAUUUUAUUGACACCACGCUCCGCUCCGCUCUUCUCCUCUCCUCCCUCUGCAGGUCUGACACCACCUACCACGCCCCCACACAAAGCCAGUCAAGAGAAUCCUUUCAAAGCAUCGCUCAAAACCAAGUUGUCUUCAUGUUCCUCCUCGGCCUUGGCGUGCAAAAGAGCCAGGCUGAGCGAGUUGGGCCCCGGCGCUCUGGCCCCGGCCCCAGGUGCCUCAGGCGGGGGCCCCACCAGGAAGGGUCCCGAACAGACUGAGCUUUACGCCCAGCUGAGCAAAGCGUCCCCCACCCUCCCUUACACCCCACACAAAGCGGGGGGUGGCCUUGAGGAGCAUCGCGGUGCUAGCAUCAAUAAGCGGGCGGUGCCGCGUGGCUACAGUGACCAUGACUAUUGCCAGGCGUUGGCUAGCGCUAAGAGGGACGGCGGCACAGCCACUGUUACCAUGACUGCAGCAGCAGCAGACAUAACUGCCACUGCUCCUUUGCCUUUUUCAGGCAAAGCUGAGGACAGGCAUGUCGAAUGUAAGGACUCAGCCAUGCCAGCGUCCUCCUCAUCAUCCUCAUCUUCAUCCUCUCCAUUAUCAGCUCCAUGUGGUCCUCUGGAUAAGCAGAAGAAUGUUGCCUCUGUGGAUGGAAAAGAAGCAGUCCAGGUCCAGGAGUUAGGGAUGCAUAUCCCCCCACAAGAAGCAGCCACAGACGGGGACCAUUCGCAAGUCUCUGCCACCAGCCGGAAGCUUCUGUGCGACCAGGAAAUCAGAGCAGAACUCAAUAAGCACUUUGGCCCCCCUUUAAAAGCCCUUUACAGCCCGGGUGGCCAGGAGAGAGAACCAGGCAGCAAACCCAAUAAAGCUGCGGCCCCUCAGCCCCUUGAGGAGGGAGAGGAUGGCGUCUACUCCCAAAGGCUGCCUGGCUCCACCUACCUGCACCCUGGAUUCCUCCCCUUCCACGAAGAGCUGGAGCUCGGCGGGGGCCGUGAGAGUCGCUUCCUGUACCCGUGGGAGGGCACCCCUCUGGACCUACUCUUCGAUUGCCCCCCCUGUUCUCCCUCCUGCUCCCCACCAUCCAGCUGCUCCCCCUCACGAGGCUCCGUCUCCCCUCCGUCCUCCCUCCUCCUCUCGCCCAGCAGGCCUUCCUGCUGGACCAGCAGCGGCUCCCGUUCCCGUUCUCGUUCCCACUCCGGCUCACGCAGCUCUUCCCCGCACUACCGGAGGCGCUCGCUCUCCACCUCACCUGACAGACGCCCCUUAUCCUGGUAAGACACCUCUCUGACCCUUUUGGCUGCUCCCCUCCCAUGCAGUUCAAACAGGUCUCUGAGCUGGCAGGAGAUCUAUCUUAGGAGUGUAAAACAGGCCUGAUCAGUCGUCAGAGCCAGUGUCAGACAGGGAAGACCCCGGAGACUCUUAGCGUGGUUUCUUGACCCUCUGCCAAUGAUUGCUUUGCCCCGAAUAAACGCGGAGAAGAUUUGGCGAGGGCUAACAAAGAGAUUAAACACGUAAAACUGUCUGCGGUUGUUAUACGAACUAAAUUCUGCCCAAUAAACCAGGUGGCAACUGAUAAUGAGGAGAAAGAUGGCUCUAAUGUUGUGAUCUCCCUGAAAACAACACAAAAGAGAGAGAAAACCCAGAACUUAAAACGUGCCAGAGGCUGUGGACGUUUGAACAGUAUGAGUUUUAAUCUCCAGGCAGGGAGUUUUAUUUGAUUGUCUUCCUAACAGACCCCCCCUUCCCUUCACUUGCUCCUGCUUUCUGUUUGAUGCCGGGGCUAUUGUUUUAAGCGGCAGCUGUUGUUUUUACUGAGUGGCAAACCCUCUUCCUUUACAUCCCCAGAGAUGAAAGACGAAUCCAGGCUGUGGGAAUGUAGUCUCAAAACCCCUCUCAAAAGAGACUCCUAUCAUCAUCACAGCUCUGUGUGAGAACUACAUUUCCCAUGCUUCCCUUUGAUCAGAGCCAAGGGGUUUUUCACUCCCUUUUUUUUCCAGCUGAAGAACAGAGGCAGAUUGUAGUUACUGUGAAAGAUGUGCGUAAAUUCAGUCUGUCAGUAGUGCUUCAUUGAGCGGAGGACUCCUCUUGCAGUUUGUUUGCUUGAUUACUUAAAGGUCAGUUUACUCCACCGAGCCAAUAGAAUCACUUUAUUCCAUCCCAGCGCCUCUCUUCUGCUCGACUCAAACUCGCUCACAAAUUAUACAAUAAUAGUCUCGAGGUGCUCGAUCAGAAUCUGACAAGCUUUCUGAAAACACUCGGCAGGGAUCUGAGUUUUUCCAAACAAUGGAACAAGAAGCUUGAAAAGAUAAAUAGAGUCUCAGCAAAAUAAUUCUCAAAAUCCCCCCUCUGUGUUUCAAGUUUUCAUAGCGUAAGAUCCUCGAUCCUUUGCAAACUGGCAGUGCUUUGCCUCUGUGAGCUUCCCAAACUUCUCCCCUUUCCAUUAUUCAGGUCUUCCUUCUUCAGCAACACUUCAAUAAUUAAGCAUCAGAAGCGGGUGGAGUGCAGGGGGGUACACGCUUCACAGUCAGGCCACCAGAGCCCACAGUAUUGACCAUUUCCCUCAUACAACAUAGAUAGCAGGUGCGUGUGUAUGCUAGCUCAGGUGCGAGGGAAAGUUCUGAGGAAAAUUAUGCACACUUUCCUCUGCCAGAGGUUACAUUAGGACAAGGGAAGGAGGAUACAGGAGGCUUUCAUCUGGAAUUAACCCCGUUUCUAACACCUGAAUGAGCCUCGGGAGUAUCAAAGAAGGGGGCUUCUGCUUGAGAACAAAUUAAUCAGGGUGUCGCAAAAGGGCAAAAAUCAACUUUGCAUCGUAUGAUUUAUUUCCUGACUUUUCCGUACUGUGAGAAUAUUCUUAGUCCGACUUAAAUGCUCUUUUUUCUCUUCCACAUAGGUCCCGCCAUAACACAGAUUCAAGCACUUUUCGUUCCAGGACUCACAAGAGCCCCCACUCUCAGUCUCGAUCUCCUCUCAGCCGCAGGCCAAGGUGAGAAUUUGAAACUGAUUUAUAACCUCUGAAUCAGCACACGUACCUUAAGUUAUCAAGACAAUAAAACAUCAUUAAAGUCAGCUUUGUUUAAUGGUCACAAAUGUUAUCUCAACACUUUUGUUUUGUGAAAUACGACAGGUGAUUUAUUGGUUAGCAGGUCGAAUGUUGGCGUUUACAGUUGUGAUCAUGAUAAGAAGAGAAAGAUAUCAGCUGGAGUCAAGCGGUUUCAAGAUAGCGAUAAUCAUGAUGUGGAUAAAAUGAUAGUAAUAGUUGUAGACUUUGGAUUGAGGUUUGUCCAUGACAGCAAGAACUUACAGGGAGUCAUAUUAAGAGAUUAUUAGUGCAUCCAGCAAAAGCUUCUCCCCCCUCUGCAUCGUCCACCUGGUGUGCAAAUGUGUGUCAUCGAUCAUGUUUUAAAGGACUAGUGCCAAAAAACCCCACUCAUGCACGCUCAUCCGUCAAUCCACAGUCGACUCCCUCAGCUGUUAAAUGGCGCUUAUUCAACUUAGCGCCUCCGUAGUUUCCCAUGAGCUAUUGCAGAGGCGACUGUUUCAUAUGCAGAGAAAGUGAAGAAAAAGAGAGAGAGAGAGAGAGAAGGAGGUGAGGGAGGGAGAGUGACACCAUUCCAGCGCUCCGAGCUGAUUUGGCACCCACAGGCCUUAAUGACACCCGACAAGCUAGAGAGUCGCUCAUCAGUCGAAAACUUAACGGACACGUCUAGUGCCAGUUUGGAGUGGUGGUGGUGGGGAGAAAGUAGUUGCACUUUCCCUCUUGAUGAAGCCCUAAGUAAGCAGAAAGUAAUGACAUGUGAAGUUGUGCUGACAGUUGCAGCUGCCCAGCUCCCCGACCGCGCUGCUCGCCGGCUCUCCCGUGGGCCCUCUCCUGCGGGCGUCGUAAUCAUAGCGAUGGCGGAGAGACAUCUUAUUAACAUGUCUAUUUUCCUCUUCUUUCGCAACCCCCUUCUCAACCAUCAGUGGGGGGGGGAAUAGUGGACUGCUCCUCGGUGGAUAUAGGCAAUUGUUAUGUUUUUUUCUGCUUUUAGAAGGCCGAGCUAGGAUGGGGAUAUCACACCUCUCUUUUUUUUUCUCUCUUUCUCUCUGCAGGUAUGACAGCUAUGAGGAGUACCAGCACGAGAGACUGAAGAGGGAGGAGUACCGGCGGGACUACGAGAAGCGGGAGUUUGAGCGGGCUGAGCAGAGAGAGAGGCAACGGCAAAAAGCAAUAGUGAGUCAACCCGUGUUUAAAAGGCCACGAUGAAGCGAAUGAGCGCAUGCAAUCACUCCUGUGCUGUCGUGAAUGUGAAAUCCUGCAACCACACACUUGAUGCCACAGCGUCUCCAUACUAGAAGAAUACAUAGGAAGUGAGUUCCUGAAUGAUUCAGGCGACAGGCCCUUCCUCUUUAUCUCCGGGUUGUGUAUUUUUAACAUCUCUGUGGUCUGGAAACACUGUCGCCUCUUAUUAAUCACACCAUGAGGGUGAAACGUUCAAAUGAUACCAGCCAGAAAAAAGGCAAAAAUAAGGGGAACAGACUCUGUUUCUCUUGAACUCUUCAGAUUUUUCUGUAUCUGUUUCAAAAUUCCGCCGCAUCCUCCUCAUAUCUCCGCUCUCCACGCCUCGGUGUGAAAUCACUCAGGUUUCCUGCAGGGUAACGCCACAGCCACCCGUUGAUAAAGCACACAUUAAAUGAUGCAGGAUAGCAAACCUGGCUUGGCGUGCAUACAUAUUCAGAGAUGGAAAGACAAACAAUUAUGAGCAGCGGAGCUCAAGCUGUCAAACAAGGUUUGGGAGGCGAGGCAUGUGAACGCAUCCUCCUUCUGUCUCUCUGUCUCUCUGUCUGUCUGUCUGUCUGUCUGUCUGUCUCGCUCACACACCCACACACACACUCAGGCAGGCAGCCCUUAGGGUGCCAUCAACGAAAGGCUGCUUAUUUAUCAGUUGUCAGCAUCUAAACCCCCUAAUUCAGCAAAUCCUUUCUUGUCUCAUGCAAUAUUGAGAGUUGAAAAACACAGGAAAAACAGUCAUCUGGAGUUAAUAUGUAUUGUUCUCGGCUACUUUACCCAAGUCUAACAGGGCAAAGGUGAACUUUGAGUUUAGCACCAGGCAACUGAUUUACAUCUGUGUUACCGCUACCCUUCAAGACAGCUUUUAAAAUUCCAACAAGCCUCAGUGGACCUGCCUUUGUAAUGGCAAGUAAAUGAAUGAAUAAAUAAAUAAUACUGGUGGUACACUGUAGCCCCAGGCCUGCGCUAUAUUAUAUGAUUAGCAGAUGCAAUUAAACUACUCAAAAGCUGUAAUUGCAGCUCGGUGCAGCUUGUUCCUAAAUUAUUCCACUAUGACCCCCAUCGUCCUCUGAGGUUCAAGGAAAUUCAUGUUUUUUGCCCCGUGGCUCCGAAUGCUCCCUCUCUCUCUUAGAAAUGAAUAUCCGUGUAUUAUUAACAGACUUUUCAUUAAGCAACAAUGCCCGUGUGUUGUGGGUUUGACUUCUAAGUCCCAGGACAAAAAAAGAGAGACAGACAGAAACAGAGUGAGAGAGAAAACGCCUUUUUGAUGUAUGGCUGAGUCACUCCACUGCUGCUUUAUUUUUAGACUUCCCAAAAAAAGGAGAAGCAAACUUAAGACAUGGCAUCAUUUGAUAAAAAUCACUCUGCCUCCGGUUGAUGAGUUGCGGAGAGAGAGAGAGAGAGAAAGAGAGAGAGACAGAGAGAGAGGGAGGACAAAAAAAAAGGAAUUGUGGUGCCAAAGCAGACUGAGGGCGCUCUAUCUGCAACUCUAUCAGAUAACAGGAAAGCAAGUUGAACCAAUCACAGGGGAACACAGACAGACAGAAAGAAAAGGGGGACAAGAAAAAGAAAAUAAAAAAAGGAAAGGGGGGGUUGGGGGUCCGGAGUCAGCUGAAGUAUCCACAGGAGUGAUCAAGACCAAUUUAUUAAGGCUGGGUGAAGAAAGUAAGAGAGGGAAACGGGAAAAAACAGGCUCCCCCCUUUUAAUCUCCUUCUGUCUUUCCUCUUUAACGAGCAGGAGGAGAGACGGGUGGUGUACGUGGGGCGACUGAGGUCCGACUGCACCCGGACCGAGUUGAAGCGCCGCUUUGAAGUCUUCGGCGAGAUUGAAGAAUGUGCAGUGAACUUGAGGGACGAUGGGUGAGUAAACCCCCAAGACAAAGUUUUUCUCCCCUUUGUUUGUAUCUGCAUGAUUGUUUGAGGGGUAAAGAAAGUCUCUGUAACUGUUGAGCGCAGAAAAAAAAAGAAAAAAGAAAAGUGUUGAAGGUCUUAAACAAAGACAGAGCUUGUGCAGUCUAAGAGCAUCUCCUGAUCCAUCUACGCCGCCCCAAAGAUACACUUUUAUUGAUUCUCCUUUGCAUAUAAAUAGCGUGAUCGCCAUCUAAGACAGGGCCCCUCUGUGUUCGCUUAUUGUUUGUUGCGCCCCGCAGCAUCACUCUGACGUAUUUUCUAUUCCUGACCAGGGACAAUUUUGGCUUCAUCACGUACCGCUACACUUGUGACGCCUUUGCCGCCCUUGAGAACGGACACACCUUACGCAGGUCAAGCGAGCCUCAGUUCGAGCUGUGCUUUGGCGGGCAAAAGCAGUUCUGCAAAUCACAUUACACAGACUUGGGUAAGUGCAGCUUUUUCUUGUUUUUUCUCGUUUUUUUUCCUCUCCAUCACCUCCGCCCUGCAGUCAUACAGCGUGUUUUGCGUUCUCCAAAAGAAGCGCCAGUGAAAAGAGGAUAAAAAAUGGAGGGAAAUCAGCUCAGGAAAACAUGCAGGAGUGAUGCAUUCAGAUCAAAAGAGAAGCAUCUUUGGCUUCUUUCAACGCUGAAUUUGUCCAACAGGCAUUUUAGACUGAAAAGGGCACAGAAAGUUCAAAGGUCACAAGAAUAAAGCUGCAUUCCCUCCCUGCUCGUCGGAAAACAAAAUCGGCUGCAUGUUUCUGGACACUGUAUGCUUGUUUCUACUUUGUCUGUACAAAACUUAACACAUUCAGCUUAAAGAUAGCAUGCGCAAAAUGUGUUUCUAUCUGCUUCUGGAUGUACAGCACAUGUGGGUGUGUGAAUCACUUCAUAGGAGAGGAGAAAAGGAUGAAAUUACAAGAAAGUAAAGAGAAAGAGAUGAGGUGAGGAAGAAGAAGAAGGUGGGAGCAAGGUUAAGUCCCAGCCAUCCCCUCUCUUCCUCCAGAGUGAGCGCCCAUCUGUUGCCAGCUGUUGCAGCUCAUUUACAUAGAGGGAGGGGCCACGGUAAAGCGCAUUCGCUUAUAGAUACCUGCUACCUAUGAGGGUGGAGGCAGACUGCAGUGUAGCAGAAAUCAUCCAACAUAAGCGAUUCCUCUGAGUAAACAUGCAUGUACGUACAUAGCUCCCAUAUUGAUCAGAAACGUAUAUCACAGGCAGGAUUCUGCACACAAAUGGAUGUAGCUGAGGGUCGAAUGACGCAUAUGAUAAAUAAUGCAGGAUAUCAAUGAAAUCCAGGCUUUUUUCCUCUGGCAAGAUGCCCCACUUCUGACAUGUGGAGAAAAAAGCCUCUUUGAUUCUCUCCUGUUGGCGUCAGUAUGUUUCCACAUCGAGGCUAAAGCCAAAGAUGUGACAUUACCUUGAACAAAAAUCGUCACUUCCACUUAAAAAGUGAGGCAUAAGAAGAAAAAAAGCCUCAGCAUUUAUUUAUUAACAAAAAAGUAAGGUCAAGAGUGAAUGAAACACCUCGACAAGAAGGUCAGCAGGUCAGCCAGAGAGAAAAAAAAGCACUUUCUCCCAUAAAAGAAGCGGUUACUAUACAUUUCCAAAGCACACGCUCUAAGCCAUUAGCUUUUAAAGAAAGGACAUGAUGAGAAAUUGACACACACAGAAACAGUUGCUAAUCCGAAAGCCUUGAGGACAGACAUUAUGUUGAGAUUGACUAAUCAGUCCACUGAAAUGGAAAGGGCCUUCAUUCGACCGCCUCUUUGUCAGGAGUGGGCUAUUUUGGUCGUCCCACGCUGAUAGCACAGGAUAAAGAGAUUGAGAGGGAAUAGUGUGGUAUCCAAACCUCCCUUCCCCUUCUCUACCCCCGUCUUUGCUUCUUUUUUUUUUGUUUUUGGAGACAGUGUCCAUUAGUUUAAAGUAGAGCACCGGGGUAUUUUUCAUCCCUCAAGGUGCGCAGUGAGACACAAUCCAGCCCGUGGCCACUGCAUUAGAUCACGACUGACGUCUUCCAGCUGCCACGGUCACUCCCAUUUCUCAAAGCUGUGGCGGUGUGCUGCUGGGCCUGUUGGGGGCCCCAUUUGUGAAGCUGUCUGUUGGGAGAGAUAAGACGCUCUUUAUGUUUUAUCAGCUGAUCAGAAAAAUAGGACAUAUGAGAGACUCACCAACAGAGGGAUAUGUUUUUAUGACUCUUGUUUACAUGGAAAAAGGAAAAAAAAAAGAAAACUUUUUUUACACAGGAAACAACACACCAGACUAAGUGAAAUGUUACAUUGGGUUGUGGAUGCAGGGGUGUGUCAAAAGGAGUGGCAAGAGGUGGCAUGGGCCCCUAAAGCUCAGUUGGCCACCCUAGUCCAAAAUCACUGUCUUCUUGUCUUGUCAGAAGCAGGUCUUUUAAUACGGAAAGUAACUGUUUGAGCUAUACUGGUGCAGACAGCUGGUAGUUUUUUGAACAUUUAGGCUAAGUGUAGCACAUGGUACUUAAAAUUGUUUAAAUAAAAAACAUUUAUUGGGCUCAAUAACUACAUCAUUGAGCAUCUAAUCCAUGAAUUUUACCUCUUCAGUUAGGUAGACUUUUGCGCUCCAACUUUCAGGUAAAAACUGAGUCACAUUUGACUGCGCAAUCAUGAUGUAAAGACAGAAUAUUCUGUGAGCUCGCAAUCAUUCUGUUUUUUUUUUGAGAGUAUAAAGGUGAACCCUCUUGUUUCAUCUGCAUUUUCAAAGAAACCGCCACCGAAACAAUCCUUUGUUGUCUCUUUCAGACUCCCAUUCGGACGACUUUGAUCCAGCCUCCACAAAAAGCAAGUAUGACUCCAUGGAUUUCGACAGCUUGCUGAGGGAGGCCCAGCGCAGCCUGAGAAGGUAACCAGUUCAGCGGCACCUGCUGUCUGUCACAAAGAGGGACUUCUGAUACCUCAUUGUUUGUUUCUCGCUCCUUCGACGACGAGACUACCACAAGUUUUACACUCUAUGUCAUAGAGUAUAGAAGAAUACGUCUAUAGACCUAUAUCAAUAUAAAUGAAUAUAUCAAAAAUGAAGUUUACAUGAACAUAGCUGCUGGAGAGAUGGGAAGAGACAAUGCAUUGUGGGAAAAGCCAGUGAACCCUCAGAGCCUGGUGCACAGGUUUGGUGCACUCUACUGCUGUACAACCGUGAAGUGAAAGAAGAAAGGAAAAACUUCUUGAUUUUUUUUCUCCAAGCACUACAAUACCCACAGUUCUUUGGGAGUGAAAACAUGCAGCUUGUUCAGCCAGAUUUCUCUUCUUUUGCUGUUUUGAUUCUUCUUUUUUUCUUUGAAAUCUGGUGUUUGGAUCUAGUGUUACAUUACAAACCAGAGUAAAGGGAAUUGUAUCUUGGAGGUAAAAUUCUCAAGGUAACAAUGUUGUCUACAUUUUUAGGAGAAAUGUAGCGUGUAUUUACAAAUACUAUAAAAAGGAAUAUUUUUAUUUUAUGUACAUAUCGGAUAAAGUUCUUUAUUUGUUACAGCUAUGCACUGUAAAAUGCAGCCUUUUUUUAAAAUGAAGAGAAAAUUUCUUAAUUCAGAAUGUCGAUCUGUAGUAAUUACAAUACUGUAAAACAUAUUGUACACCUACAUGAUGUUUAGAAGACAUGACAUGAUUGUAAAAAAAAAAGAAAAAAGAUGCGUCUGAUUGCUCAUUUUGAGGGAGCAUGUGAACAAACGUCUUUUUUUAAGUUAUUUUGUUGGUAAAAAAAAAAAAAAGUCAACCAUGUAUAGUUUUAUCUGUUUAUAAAGUUUUUCUCAAUCAGUGUUUUUGCUUAUACAACCAGUGUAAAAUGCAUUUUUAACGUGUUUUUCAUGAUUGUAAAAAAAAAGGUACCCCAUUUUUUAUUAAUUAUUUCUGAAGCAAUCAGUAUAUAUAUGCAGAUAUGUGUCUAUAUCUUCAUAUAUAUCAACUCAGCCUGAUUUUAUUGCUUUGUAUGAUUACCGAAGGAGAACACUGCAUUCAAAUCUUUUCAAUCAGUACGAACACCUAUUUAUCUAUUUAUUUUAAUAUUUGAAUCAAGACUAUUUAUGGGCUCCAUUGAACAUGGUGUACCUCAUGAGAUUUUAUUUUUCUGUUCAUGUUGUCAUUCGAUUUGUGUUAUUUAACUUUCAAUCACUAGACAGGGUGUACAAUAAACGCUUCAGUGGGGUUAAUAAUAUUACCUUCUAUGCCUUUCCAAAACAAUCAAAACAUUCAGCUCAUCACUCCAGCCCCUCGCCAUUUUUCUGUCUCUACUCUCAGUCACAUCUGGUUUUCUUUCCACACAGAACAUGAAGCAAUAAAAUGAUUUCACAGGUGAUUUUUUUUUUUUCAAUAUCGCACUUGUCGUCAUCGCUCCACUCACGCUUGAUUAUGUGAAUGCCAAACAAGAAGUUUACAAUUUCCUUUUCCUGACUUUUUUAAAGAUCUUGUAUUUGAUGUACAAUAUAAAUAUAUAUAUACAAUGAUGAUACUACUAAUAUUAUUCACAAUAAUUCAAGAUGAUUAAUAACAAUAAUGAUAAUAAUAUAAUGAAGAAAAAAAACUAUAUAAAAAGCAAUAAAUUAUUUUUCAGAGUUGUAUUUUAGCUCCUAUUGUUGUGUGAUUCUUGGACUUGACCCAUUACCCAGCCGCUGCUAGCUAGCUAGGAUGACUCCAUUCCAAGUAUGUUGGCAUUACAUCACCGUGACAUCAUCAUCAUGUGCGGUAACAAAAAGAAAAAAAAACUUGAUUGUCCUUGCUCUCACUUCCUGGUCUUCCCUUUAAGAUGUAAUUGAGUCUAUGUGAUUGUAAUGCACGCAUUACCUUGUGACAUCUGUGCAAAUACGUGACUCUGAACUCCACCCUGUGUGUUAAAAAACGUGUCCAGUUGAAUUUGUGUGUUGUGUAGUGCAUGGCUAUUCCAGGAUGACAGUGGGUGACGUGUAUUCCACUUUGGAUAUCUGCCUCUCAGCUGUCUUAACUGGCAGAUUUUAAAUGACGUUCUAUAAGCCUAGAGAAAACUACUCAACGAUGUGUCGCAUGCCGCACCACUCUUCCAUCCCCUCUUCACUCCACUCAACACACACACAUACACGAGAACACACACACACACACUCACUCACGCACACAUACUCACAGUCCAGAUAUCACAGCCGCAGCUGCCGCCGCUGCUGCCGACAUGACAUAAAAGGUAACCUUGCAGUUUCUGGUUCAAUUAAUAUCCCGUUUCUCGUGCGCGCCAAGUAAUGAGAGAACCGGCUUCCAUCACAGGAAGAGGAAAAAAAACCUUUUGUAUGAAAGCUUUUGCUGAUCACAGGCUUCCUUUCAUGGAGUUGACAAGAAAACGGCUAAUUUUUAUGAUGCAAAGAGACAAAAAUUGGUCGAGGGAAGGAUGAAAAAACCCUUUACCUGUGUUUUAUGAAGACAUUGUUUGACUUUUUUUUGCUGUCUGUAUAGCGUUUGGGUAAUGGUGUCGUGUCCCAUUUGAUAGAUGUGGCUUUAAUCAUUGUAAUAAAAAAAUGCUUUGUAAAUUGCCUAGAGUAGCAAUAUAUUAUAACACCUUCUGGUUCAAAUUUCAACUGUGGCAGACUUUUUAAUAAUGUGACCUACCAUGGAGGACUUUGCCACUGCUUUGUUGGGUAAUCAUGUUUCUUUUGGAAGGACAUUCUGUAUGUUUGAAUGUAUGUGUGUGGUUUUAGGGAAGUGUGUCUGUGUGUGUGAGUCUUUCUGAAAAUGUGCGUGUGUAUGUGUGGAUGGGGGGGGGAAUGGGGAAGGGGGGGUCGCUGUGGGUUGUUACCUGUUUGUGUCCUAUCCACGUUGCCUUCUGCCAAGUCCUUACCAAUGCCUUUGUGGUUCUACCUAUUGUACGACUUUCUUGUGAAUUUUAUUUUUUAUGUGCAAUUCUCAUCAGCCUCACCAUGCCAAUAAAGGGAAAUGUGUUUGAAAAAAAGCCCCUCUUUCUUUCCCUAUUAUCUUCCUUUCUUCCUGUGAUGAAUGUCCCAUCAUCAAGCACUGCUGUACCACUUUGAGUCGGCGCUGAGGGAUGAUUAUGAUUUGUCUGAUUGCUAUCGAGGAGACACCCUUGAAUGUUUUUUAAGAGGGAGAUUUAAAAACAAUGCACACUGCAAACAUUGAUCCCCAAAUAAAUCCCCCUUCCCCUCCUCUCCCUCCUCUCCUGCGCCUAUAAAUCAAAGUGUUGAAUGAAAGCUGACUGAAGUGACACAAGGCCAUCCUCAGCACAUCUGUCUCCCUCUGAAGUUUCCCCCCUAAUAAAGAAUCUCAGCUUAAUUCAGAGCAACUUCCCUCUUUGAUAUUCAUAUCACCUGGGAGAGAACACUGUAGUCUUUGUCUGUGUCCACAACUUGACUCCACACCAUGCGUCUGCGAGUUAAUUAAAAAGUUGGGGGGAACAAUUUCAUUAACACGAUAGAGAGAGCUAUAGUAAGUUGAUGGUGCGCUUGAUAUUCGAUAGGGCUUCAUUAUGGCUCCACCAGCACCCCCUCCUCUCUCCUUCUCUUUCUUCAACACGCACACACAUCUUCACCGAGGAGCUGGGAUCACACCGGGGGCUUCUACCAUGUCCUUUUUUUAAGAGAAAUAUGGGAAGAAUGUGCAUUAAACUUUAAGGUUGGGGGUCUGAUUGUGUUUUUUAUUAAGGCCGCUGUUUAGCCCCGGAGAAGAGAGCCGGCCGGCUUUCAUUUCGGCUCGGCUGCCGCAUUACAGCGGGAGGUCUCCUUCUGCUUGCCCUUUCCACAGAAUGAAACUGUCCCUGGAAAUCUCCCCCUCACUCCCUGUCGCCUUUUUCCCUCCCUCUCUCUCUCUCACCUCUCUCUUUCCAUCAUGAUAGGAUGGCUUUUUUAUCUGUUAUGUGUCUUUUUUAUUAUUAACCACUAGAUAAGCAGCUAUCUCCACUCCAGUUGGAGGUAAGUGGUAGCCUUGGAGAUAAUGGGGUUUGAUGGGGCUGCGGCUCUCUGUGGGACAAACACUGGGAUGUUUUCCGCUGAGUUGUGUAGCUCGGUAUUUUAUUUGGCAUGGAGCUGCAGCUGCUGUGUCAGAUGCUGUUGAAAAAUCCUGAAAAUGGCACUUGCAAUUUGGUCUUUGUUUCCGGAUAUGUGGCAAGCAAGCUUACAUUUGGUGACCAGGCUUUAAACUCUGCCAUGUGGCAGCUCUCUUAUGAGGAUUUCACCCUUUUCAUGUAAGCAAGUUAGUGAGUGGAAACAGGCACUCUUGGAUAAUAAGAUUAGACUACCUGAGACUAGUUAAUUAAAGCCUGUGGGGUGGAACAUGAGCGAUCCAACCAGUAAUUUGCCAUCAAGAACCCUUUUCUUUAAUUGACGACCUGGCAGGAGCUACAUCAGGAGUACAAAUUUCACUAAUAGAUCAAUGGAGACAUUGAAGCUACAGCAGUUUUCUUUGUUUCGAUCACUAUAAUUAAAGUUAACACUGAUUAUUUCUGGAUACAUGGCAGGAGAGAUUAAAAAUUAGACUACCAAAUGCCUCAGAUUAAGCGCCCCUGCAGUGUCUCCCCUUUCACCCUCUUGUAGACUUUAGAUUUUAUAUUUCAGAGCUAAGUAAUCCGUUGCCAGGCAGAAUCUGACACUCCCAGCAUGUUCGAGCGAAACAAAAUCAACAAGACAUGGCCAAAUGCAGCAGAGGAAGACAAAUCUUGAAACAUCAUGAUAUCAUGACGGCGUCGGCUGCAGGCAAGAAGCUGCCUUUCCUGAUCAGAUUGCAUGAUGUGCAAACGCGGGAUGAUUGGUUAAGCCAACGCCGCCUGUGGUGGUCUUGAUUUGUGGUCACAUGACCCCUUGGCUCACAUCAGAUCAUGAGAAAAAGAUGCAUCUCCUGCAGGCCUAUCUUCUUGAAUGAAACCGAGCAUUUUGUUCCCAUCGUCUGUGAAAGUGUCUUUUGAUGAAUCAACAGAUUAAACCACUAGAUGUUGCUUGGCUCCCAUUUAUUGAAACGCCUUUGUUGUUCUUUUCCUCGACAAGCCUUCCAUCGUAUGCCACCUUAUGGGAGGAGAUAAUGACUUUGCUAUUAAAAUUGCAGUCUCCCCAUUCGGCAUUCUAGUUUCAGCACUUUCUGCUGUUAAAGAGUAAUGAGGAACAGAAGGACAGUAUUCUUCUUCCCCCCCAAACUAUCAACUUUGGGGACUGAAUGUAUUCUUCGCUAGAUAAUUAAUGGCCACAGACAAAUGGUGGUUGAUUGAGCGACUCAUCCCUCUAUUUUCAAUCACCAUCUGCUGUGUGUUGCUGGCAAAAAACAAUGUUAAUUACCUCAAGUGUGCCCAAGAUGUGGCGUAUUAAUUAGGACAACAAAAAAGGGAAACCAAGAAGAUUCCAGUCUUUAAGUAUCUAAUAUGAUGUGUUAAUGUGGGUGUCUGUGGUAACGGUUAAGCAUGGGAAUAAGAUCCCAAAGGUAAUCAUUUGGCCAUUGUUUAGCCUUUGGAUCCAUUAGCGAUGUCGCUAGGUUUCCACCUUAGCAUGCGUCUUGUGCCUCAGGCCAUGCCGGGCCUUUAAGGACACUGGGAUGGUCAACCUUUUACUUCAUAUGUGAGAAACAUCAACAAAACUGAUGGGAAGCAUUAUGAUCCGAUUGGAGUUUUUUUUUUUUAUCAGAACAGAGGGGGUGUUGUCUCCCUCUUGUUUUGUCUACAUUCAUUCUGGUUUAAUUAUGUUUUGGGCUUGCUAGUUUCUUGACUCUCAUGACUUGAAAUCAUGCAAAAACGCUUUGUAGCACCUUUGUGGCGAAUGAAACAAGGGUCAUUUUGGAUGUGUCUUAAUCAUUGGUUUUCUUAGCUGCAGAAACAAUUACAAGUUGGAAAAGUCUGUGUUUAAAAACUGGAUCAAGAGCCACAAAAGAGGAGCCCUCCACCGCCAAGUUCAUUUUUUGUGACAAAUGAACAAACUUAUGGGGAAAUGACCUCUGUCUCAACCAAGCAGCGAACCCCAGUCCUGAGAAAUGAAUCCAGUGUGAAAGUGUUUAAACUUAUAGUGUUUCCUUCGUGCCUACUUAAGGCUGAAACCAUGUGGACACUAAGUCAAAAAAGGCCGUUUUGAGAGCAGAAAUAAACAUAUUUACAGCCUGGUUCAAAAAAAAGUUUUGUUUGAAUAGCUCAGAGUCCCCACAGUUCCCACUGUACAGAGUGUACAUUUUUUUGGUCACACAUUUAUUUUGAAGUUAUCAAGGUUACAAAACUGGCUAAUCGAGGCAGACACACUCUAGUCAUCUGUGAGGAGGCUGAAUGCUGGUUUCUGGUAGGUUGACUAAAAGUUUAGUUAAAUCAGUAUUACGAAGACGGCGAUUGCCACUGAUAGGCUUUGAAAUUCAGAAACAAAUGUCACUGAUGCUAUGUUCAAUUAUCCUAGAGUUUGUGGUCUCAAUUGAGACGAUUGAGCUGAUGUCUUAGUGUCACCUAAAGGGGCCUGAAGACAACACCUUCACUAACAACAGAUCAGAAGAGAUCACACCUGAUGUAGAGAUGGCAACCAAAUUUCCAUUGAAAAGAUUUGAAUCACAGGAGAAAAUAGCAGACAUGUUAGCCCAUCUUCUUUUUCAACCACUCGACUAUGAAAGAAACAGGAUGAGCUAAGACAAAACAAGACAAAGUACAUCAUGAUUAGGCUGCAACAGUCCUCCAAAUGCCCAAGAAUUUCUAUCCUGUUGGUGUGAGUGCAAGCGGAUUGGUUUGAUGUUAUGGUAUUGUUGCUAAUGAGCCGAUUUUGAGAACAACAUAGAAAUGUGUUGGGUGUCAUGUUGGUUUCCUCUCCAAUCACAGAAGAGCAUCAGUUAAAAUUAGCCUAAUUUCCUUGACUUAAGCACUUAUGGUAAUUAGCUGGUACAAAACAACGAUAAGCCAGGUACGCUUAUUUUCCAAGAAUAAAUAGCUUAUUUAUCGCCUGUUACAGACCGGAUUAAAAAUAUCAGGUAUCUUUCUCACAAAAUAGCGCAAGACCUGAAUUAAAAACCACUUAGGCUUAAGUGAGGCAGAUGCAAACUCCUCAUGAAUACUUCUCUUGCUCAGUCAGUGUUGUCCUAUUUUGCCUGAGACCUCUCCCGCAGAAACAGUUUAAUAGAGGACUUCUUUCCUCUUCUCAGAGAGAGUCGAGAAGCAUAAAAAUCAAACUUGCUAGACUCUCUUCUCAAGAUCAUUGGCAAAGUUAAACAAAUACGUAAAAUUUUGUACAGCGGAGUCUAAAUUUUUCAUAUAUUCUACCCAAGAAAUGAUAUCACAUUCCUUUAAAUUUAGCUCACAAGCACUCAAAAAGCUCCUAACUCCCAGUUUGGAAACAUUUGCUUUGAGGAGUAUAAAGCAUGCCAUCUAGUUUUUAUUCUUGCUAUUUAAACUGUCCCAUACCAGUUGGAUCUCGGCUUCAUAAUGGCUCCAUUCAAGCAUUCUUGACGAGAUGGCUUGGAAAGAAAGAAAAAGCUGAGUGCUCUCUCCCCCUCUAUGUAGUCUCUCUCUCUCUCUCUCUCUUAUCUGCUGCUUGUACUUUUUGCAGAGUAGUCCUGUCGAAACGCGGAGUUGUGUCUAAAUCCAGUUCCCAGCUACUUAGCCCCCACCCAACCCACUCACUCUGACACAAGGGCCAGCAAGAGCAUCUCUCCCUCUCUCCCAGACCCCAGCUUGAACCCAUGUAUCACACAGCAAGCCAUCACAAUACAGUAGAAUGGGCACGUGGACAGUUAUUGUUUGUUUGCACUAUUUAUGUCAAUGUACAGUCUGCGGCAAAUGGCUCAGUAAUGCAAUCAUUCAUCCCAGCCAUCCUGCGCUCCCGUCCAUUAGGCUAAUGAUAUUCUGUAACCGUCCUGGGCUCCCUGACUGUUGAAAUCAUGGAUGUGAGAAGUAGGAGAAAGUAGGGGGACUGCUGCUUAAUUAGAGGACCCUGAUCAAAUUCGAGUGUCUGGAAACAUAUGCCCUGUAGUGCCCUUGAGCAGCGUACAGAAUUCCCGGCAGCUCCGAAGAGGCUGCUGUAUAGCUGUUCUUGUGAUAUCGCCAACAUAUGGAGCGCUGAUAGUAGCCACAUGAGAUCAAUAUAGUAACUGAAGAAGAGUUGUCUGUGCUUGAACAUGAAUUCUCCAUUUAGAGACCCUUUCGAGUUUGUCUGCAAACAGUCCAUUCAAAAACUCACAGCAACAUUAACAGUGCAGAGAGGUGGGUUUGUUGGUCACAAGAUAGGAAGUAUAUAAGCUAGUACAAGAUGCAUUAUAGGUGUUAUUAUAAAAUUGAUUUGCCGAAUUGAUUUGAACUCGUAGAAACCAUUACUGUUUGUCACAGCUUCAUAAAGUAACACAAAACUUCGGGAGCGCUACAGGAAAGCGUAAAGGUCAGUAGAUCCCCUAAAACCUCUGGGAGCCAUGAAUAUAAGUACCAAGAUUUCAUAGAAAUUCAACCAGCAGACAUGGAGGUGUUCACGUGUACACCAAAGCAGAGAGCUGACAGUGACCAGCUCACACUGUCAUCUAUAAAGACCUGCCACUGGUGUUCAUUUUUAAAUACUUUCAGUGUUGCUAAAGUGGAACAAGUUUUGACAGCGACCUACAACCAGGAAACAGAUAAAACAACAACAGUGGGCUGACUCCCUUUGAUUUUAAACGCCUCUGAUUCCCUCCGCUGAUACACAAACAGCAUGAAAUCAAAGCGAUGUCCCGUCAAAUUAAUAACUCAUUAUCACCAUGUAUCCUUUUAAUCCUUAUUUUGUGCGCACCCUUCCAGCUCAAACGCCAGUGCUAUCCACAAGCCUAACAGAUAUGUUUUGUAAUGGAGCCUCCCUCUGUUUGGACUGUCAAAAAUCUCAGCCCAAAAUGUCCACACUGGAGUGUAUUAAAAUGCACAGACAGUCAAGCUAUAAUUACUGGGAAAAAAUACUCCAUGCCUUAAUCCACAUGGUAAUAACGCAAUUAAAGUGGUGUUUCUUGGACUUGGUAAUCUUCUGUGACAAGGCUUACAAUUCAAUUAACCCCGUUUUAACACUUUGUUUCAACUUCCUGCGAGGCUAAUUUGCUUUAAACUUACUUCAGUUGCUAUAAUUAUGCCUUACGAAAAGUGCAAUUUAUGAAUUAUCAGUUGUUUGUGUCAGUGGAUGGGAUGUGCUCUUAUCCAGCAGGAGGCCUGAUGGGGAAUUUCUUUAGUUAGGCGUCUAACAGAGAAUGUGAGAAUGUUACUCUGGAUUUACUGAUCACUAUAGAGGUUUAAGACCUGUUGCAUUCACAGUGAAAAGCAGAAACAAUGCAGAAUCAACUCCACAUCAGAAAUGGACUACCUUUUGUUUCAGAAAAUGUCUUUAGUAUCAUUUUUUUUAAGAUCCACUGCCAUCUAAAGUUUAAUGCAUCCAUGAUGAGAGUCCCAGCCUGAUACAAUUUUCGAUAAUCUCAUAGUACAACUGGAGCUGUACUCCUCCUGACAUCUACAAAAGCCAGCCACGGAUCUAACCCAUUUAAUCACUCUUUUCUUGUUCUCUUUCUAAGCUCAUGCUGGCUGUGACAUAUUGAGCCGGCAAACUUUCCAUGUUCUCCCAGAGAAGGUCAUUGGGCCAGGCCCAAUCUAGCCCCUGAAAGUGAGCCAAGAUUUCCACUGCUGUCGUUCAGAUUAGUAUUAGACGUGAGCGCCUUUCCUAAGCAAAUCAGACAGUGUGAAGGACGGAAGCGUUCUUCCAUUCAAGCACGCCUGCUUCUUGUUAAGGAGAGACAGGGCAAUAAGUUGUAGGACAAAGGGAAGUUUGUGGGAAGUCUUCACAUUUUGUGAAUGCUUUUUUCUAACAGUGUCAUGUAAGGUGAGGUGUUGUACUCCGCUGAGUGGGGCUGCAGCUGCUGUCAGUGUGGGAAAAGCUGCAGUACAUUGGCAGCAUUCUUAUGGCUCUGAGUGAUUUGUAUUUAGUGUAUUAAAAGAACUUUUCAUGAGUAUGUGUAGUCACAUGCUUUUUCUAAGAAGCCCAUUUCAUGGCAUCAUAGUCACUCACUCCACCAAGUAUAACCACACACAGGUCUGUUUCUGGGUGACAGCAAUGCAGCCGGGCACAUGCUGAUACACGAUACAUGGACAUCAGGACUGAACAUUCACUUUUAGAGGACAACACAGGACACACAGCAUACAGAACAGACAUGUGAACGCAGCAUACCAGCAUGUGAAUUUGACACCAUUUGGAUGUUUAAAAAAAAAAGGGAGAGAAAAGAAAAAAAUGGGGCGCACUGUAAUUCAAGAGUUUUGUCUCGAGCAUGAACAAAUCUGGCGAGGGAAUUGGUAUCGAUUCAGCUCUGUAGCACUUGGAAGGACAAACUUGCACCUGGACUCAAUCAACGUUGAUUGGAGAGUGGCAACAUGCCCACAAGCACACAGCACACAGCUGAUAGGACACACUGUGUAGUGCUGCACAGAAGAAGUUCAAAAUCAAACUUCCACUCAUGUAAAUAAAGCUGUUCCCUUCGUUAUUUCACAUUUAACUUGCUAAUAUCCACAAGAAUGACGUAUAUCUUAUAUUAUACAUUAUAUCAGAGCGGGAAGCCCCAACAUGAUCCGGUCUUUUAGGUAAGUCUGGUGUUUCUAAUUGAGAGAUGAUGUGAGGCAGAAUUCAGCUCAUCGUUGUGAUUCUUCUUGCCCCUUAAUCAAAUCUCUUGUUACUUUAUCUGUUUUGAAUUGUCUAUUUUCUUGAUUUUUACUGUCUGGUUCAAUUAGAAGUUUUGAUUUAGUUUUGAUAAAACUCUCUUCAUGUUUGCUGUUGAAUUAAUGUGCACUCAAUCUGUAACUGGGGAGUAAGAAGAAGAGAAAAAAUCAGAUCUAGGUGUAGUAUUUCAGGGUGGUUAAGGCUUUGCUGUGAAUAACACUUUUUUGUUUUUGUCAUGAAUUGAGUUAAGACUUGUCUGGACAAAUUUCCAACUAUUGUUCCAACUAUUGUUCCAAACUACCCCCAAAUUCAGAAGC